AUGGCAACCAAAAGACGCCGUUCUUGGCCUAGCUGCCUUGAGGCGGCUUUUAGGACUGGCUUUCCAAGGGUUCGUCAGGUAAGGUUCGUGUCGGGUGAGAGAGGGGCAACAGCGGGAAGGCGGGAAGAGAUGAGUUGAAGAGGAGAGCCCCCCCAAAAAAAUAAUACGUUGCAAUGAGUUGCAGUCCUUUCCUUUGCCCUAAGGGGGAAAGCAGUCACUCGCCCCGCUAUGCAUUCUGGGAGAGCAGCACAUGGAAAGAAUCCGUCCCUCCCAUUACAUUUAGUUUGGAUCUCAAAUGUAUCCCUCAUGGCAGGACCUGAUCCGAGCCACAAAAGCCAUUUUUCUCUUCUCCCCAACUAUCAGCACAGGACUUGGGGAGGGGGAGGGGACACCACUCUUGGUUAUUGCCUAAUUCCAUUUGAUGAUUUGCAUAAAUAAGUGCUGUAAAUAAAUUUGCACAAUUAAAUGCAAUCGUUAAUUGUAUAAAUGACACUUUUAUUUAAAUGUGCUCAGGGCACUGGCACCCAGAUAGGUAGAUGGCAGAUAAUGGGGAGGGAGUCCACAGUUGCAAAUAAGAUUGCAGCUAUAAUAUCAUAAAACCCCACUGAAAUACAUACACUGGCAUUUACUGCUGAUAUAUGAGUCAGUUUGAGAUGCCAUGCAAUUACAAAAAAGUCUUGUUCACAGCAGUUUCUCCCCCACUCGCCAUUCCCAACAUCACUCAAGGAAUGACACCAAACCAUUCAAUUCUUUCUUUCUUUCUCUUUCUUUGCAUUUUCCUUUUUCUCAGCUAACCCAAGAAAAAGUUCAGCUGCAAACCAAUCGAGCGCCUAGGAAAAGUCUGCAACAUGACCCUAGUGGGGGUGUCCCGUGUCGUCCCCAGUGGGAAAGUCUACAGACAGAUAUUUGAUGAUGAGGUACAGCAAUGACAGAAGCUAGAAUACCUGAUUGGGCGGGUGGGGUGGGGGGGAAUAGCAUCACUUGAAGCAGGGAUGGGGAACUGCAGGCACAGAACUCUCCCUGGGCUACACCUCCUCUCCCAAGGCCACACCCCUGUCCAGUUUUGGUUAGUAGAUCUGCAGAUUAGUAGAUCUGCAGGUUCUAGUAAAACACACACACACAGUAGAUCCUGCAAGCCUUCGGUUUGCCCACCACUAGACUUAAACUCCAGCAGAGGCAGUUGCAAAGUUGGGUUAGAGCAGUCUUUGAAAACCUAGUGCUCUCCAGGUGUUUUGGACUAAGGUUCUCAUCAGUGCUAGCCAACACAGGGUGAAGGCUGCGUGAGAUUUGUGUCCUAAUUUUUUGUGGGAUAUCUUGCACAGGAUCACUUGGGGAGUACCUUGUUCAUUAUGGUCUGUAUCAACCAUUUUCAGAUAAUACCCUCAAAUCCAUGUGAAAACAUCUGGAGAGACUUCAACUCCAUAAACUUGUUCUGAGUAAUGGUUCUAAUUUCAUGUUGCUAUUAGACUUUUCCCAAGAAAUGACAGGCUACCUGCUAUUGUUGCAGUUCAUUGUAUUUUAAAUUACAUGUAAAAGCAAUAAAACAUAUUCUAAAAGAAGAAGAAAACUUAGCACAUUUAAGCUUUUAGGGUGUGAAACUCACCCAAACUCGCUUUAGCAUAUUCUUCUCCCUGCUGGUCUCAUAUGCCUUCAGCUUGACUGAAGACAGUGUAUACUUUCAUUCGAGGAGUGACAGGGUUUGUUCAACCUGACACAUCUCUGUACCAAGACAAAAAUGUGGCGAGUCCUUAUCUGAGAGAUGUUUGCAGAUGACGCAGCCUUGACAGUGCACUCCAAGGAAGCUUCACAAAGACACAAGCCUGCAUGAAAUUUGGCCAUACCACCAGUCUGAUGAAGACCAAUAUCCUGGGUAAGAACGCCGCCAGCACUCCACCAUCAGCACUGGUGACCACACACUUGAGGUGGUAGGCAAUUUUGUCUACCUGGGUUCUACCAUAACCAGCAACCUUUCCAUUAAUGCUGAGCUGGACAAGCAUAUUGGCAAGGCAGCUUUGGCAAUGGCUUGCCUCUCCAAAGGGUGUGGGAGAAUGUGAUGCUAACAUCUAAUACGAAGAUGAAGGACUACCAGGUUUGCUUGUUGAGCACGCUGCUAUUGCACACUGUGUGUUGACUUGUGGGCAGCUUACAAUUGCCAGGAGCAGCACCUCAACGCCUCUCACGUGCUGCAUCAGGAAGAUUUUGGGCAUCACAUGGCAAGACAGAGUUUCAAACAAAGAUGUGCUCUCCCAGGCCCGCAACCCCAGCAUGUUCACAUUCCUGUCUCAGCAACAUCUACACUGGCUUGGUCAUAUCCACAGAAUGGAAGAUGGAAGAAUCCCCAAGGACAGUGGUGUCCAAACCAGAUUUGAUGAAGUGAAGGGCCGACCCCAGGAAAUAAACUGCCACAGGGGCCAGAGUAAAUUGACCAGCAGGCCGGAUUAGGCCCCCGAAAUGGACUUUCGACGUGCCUGCCCAAGGAUGUGCUCUGCGGGGAGCUAGUUUCAUGAACCAAGCUUGUUGGCAGACCAACUCUGUGUUACAAAGAUGUCUGCAAAUGUGACAAGAAGGCUGGCAACAUCAACCCUGUGUGGGAAUUCCUUGCAGAUGACUGCAGUGCCUGGAGACAGUCAAUCUGGUCAUGGGAGGAAUGACCACUGGAAUGAGCGCAGAGGGAAGAAACACCAUAGUGCUUCUACAGCGGCACAACCAGGCACCUUCAUCUGCCCCAGCUGCAGCAAAACCUCUCUUCACCCACAAAGGCACACUCCUCUAUUGUCUCCUAAGACAGAUGAACGCCAACACAAGCUUUUGAGGACGCAUGCUCACUUCAUCACAUAGGUGAAUUGAAAUCUUAGUAUACAUGUUUGUAAGGGAGAAAAUUGUAAUGUGGGAGUUGUAUGGCAAAAUCUUUCCCCUUAUUUUUUUGCAUCUCAUUGCCAUUCAAACCCUGCCUUACAAUUUUCUCCUUUAUUCACUUGCCAACUUUCACUUCAUUAACCUUGAACAAGAUGCUUUAAUUCUAGCUAUUAAAAAAUGACAACAAUAUAUUAUGAAGAAUUAAAUCAGGGUGGGACUCAUGAAUACUUAACUUUGCUUGGCAAGUGCCCUCUAUUUCUGGUGAGUAUAAGCAUGCCCUCUUUCACCUUAAAGGAAGAGGCCUAAUUAUUUUCAUUUUGGCUUUGGCUAGAUAAACCUUGUGCGCACUCUGGGAGAAGCGAGAAGCAAGAUAGCCCAGCACAAGCUUCCACAGAUCCCAGGAACGAUUCCGCUGGUGAGGGAUGUGGAAACCUGCUCUGGCAAUGGGUUUUUAUCACAUCGUCAGCAGAUGUGGGUUGAGGGAAUGCCCAAUGAUGACGUCACUGAAAAUCCAGUGCAAUACAAGUAAGGAACAGAGUUAUGAUGUUAUUCUGUGCUGUCUACUUGACCCUUGGAACUUUUUCCAGGCCACACCCCUCAGUCACCCUUACUUCACAUCCCAAGUGUUUUGACCUGACUGGAAUGUGUUCUUGAACUCUAAUAAUGUCUCUUGCUUCAAGUUUCUCACACUCUGUUUCUAUUCCAGAGAGGCUGCAACACUGGCAUUUUUAAAGACUCAAGAAAGUGAAAAUGUUAUUGCUGCCCGGGAAGUCCGAGGACUUGCUGAAGUCAUAAGUAAAUGUUUACCAAUUUAAUUCUGGCACCAUAAUCAGUGUUUUUAGCAAAUGUGGUAUCUUUCAUUUAUGCAGACUACCAGCUAUACUACUGCAAAGUACUCUGCUUGGGGCUUCCUUUGAAGAUAGCUCAGUAACCGCAGCCAGUGCAGAACAUCACUGCUCAGUUUUUGGCCAAUACCUUGCCAGUUGCACUGGUGGCCACUGCAUUCUCACACUCAGUUCAACCUGAUGGUGAUAGUCUUUAAAACCCAAAAUUGUUUUGCCGAUAGUAACACCUUGAACCUAGGCUGUUACCAAAUGGGCCACAAGUGCAGAUCUCUGAGCAGAAGUCUCCUGACGGGGCCUCCUGUCAACAACCAUGCUGCAGCAUUCUGCACUAACUUUAGUUUCAAACCCACACAGAGUUGACUGCAGUAAUCCAAUCUUGAAGUCACCAAUGCCUGAACUAUUGUGGUCAAGCCCUCCCUUUUUAUUGUCUGUAAGCCACUUAUAUGUUUUAUUACAGUUAGUUAAAUAAAAGAAUGAGUAACUAUGAACUUGUGCAUAAAACUGAAGAUGGAACUAAAAUGUGGCAGGCUUCUUUAGCAGCAUGAGAAUGUCAGCUAACCCAGUGGUUUUGUAAAAAAACUCCAAAGCACGUUACUCUCUCUUUAUGCUAGCCUGGAAUGAGUUCUACAGCUGUGCAUACAGUCUAAUCUCCCUCCCUCCCUCCCAGUUCCUGAGAAGAAAAACAGUGACAUUGUGGAACGUAUCUCAGAGAGCAGGAGGUGCCGUUACGAAGAGACGGUGGUGACGCUACGGCAGGAAUUGGCACGCGUUGGGAAGGUAGGCAGCCCCCUUCACCAGUUUAGUGCAUCACUAUUGAUAGUACUAGGGAUGGGAUAAUCUGUCUAUUUGCAAUGUGAAGCCAAUGUGGUGUAGUGGCUUGAGUGCUGGACUAGGACCUGGAAGACUAGGGUUCAAAUUUAUCCACUUCGCCAUGGAGGUCUCUGAGUGACCUUGGGCUAGCCACUCACUUAUGUGACACAUUUUUCUAAUACAUACAUAUUGAUGCACAUUGUUUCGUCCAAGCCUUGUUUCGUCCAAGCGUAACAUAACUCACAGGGUUGUUGCUGUGAAGAUAAAAUGGGGAGAAGGAGAACCAUGAACAUCACAUUGAGCUUCUUGGAGGAAGGGUGGGAUAUAAAUGUAAUAAAGAAAUAAAAUUCAGUUCUCUCCGUUUCUCAUUUCUUUCUAUCUUAAAUUCAGUUUUCCACUUUUUGCAACAAUUUGUGAAUCUUUGCUUUAAAUCCUCGUGAAAAUACGCUACUUCUUUAGUACGGCUCUCUCCAAAUGUUUUGUGUUCAGUUUUGACUAUAUAGUUUUAUGCAAGAAAUUCCCCCUUAGGUGCAUUUUCAUUUUAUUUUUCAGUUAUGUGACACAUUUUUCUAAUACAUACAUAUUGAUGCACAUUGUUUCGUCCAAGCCUUGGCAAGUGUUACCCACCAGAUCAUCUUCUCUGUUUCAGGAAAUGGAGGUGUGUUUCUUGGAGCCUGGGAAGCUAUUUCUGACCAAGCUGUCAGAAUCCGAUCGCACUAUUGAGUCCCUUUUCCAAGUUUCCGCUGAGAACCUUCACUUGGAGACUUACACCAUGGAGGUGAGGGAGUGCCUUGCAACUCAAACUCAAACAGGGCUUGAAUGCUGCCUGCCACCUUUUCUUGCCCCUCUGGCUGAUACUUCUGGUCACCCUAGAUCCACACUGCUUAGCAACAGGGAUGAAGGGCCUGGCAGUCACUGUGGGUAGCAGAAUAAGGCAUGCUGGAGAUAGGAACAUAGGAAGCUGACAUACUGCAUCAUCCCAUUGACUCAUUUAGCUCAGUAUUGUCUACACUGACUGGCAGCGGCUUUCCACGGUUUCAAGUUGGAAGUCUCUCCCAAACUUACCUGGAGAUCCCAGGGCUUGAACCUAGGAACAUGGAGAACUUCCUUAUACUGAAUCAGAACUAUGUCUCUUUCUACCUCAGUCUUGUCUACACUGACUGGCAGCAGCUUUCCAGAAAGGGAGGCAAGGGAUAUUCCCAGCCCUACCUGGAGAUGCCAGGGAUCGAACCUGGGGACUUCCGCAUGCAAAACAGAUGGGCUGCUGCUCAGCUACAGCCCUUUCCAGAAACAUAGAAAGCUGCCUUAUAUAGAGUCAGACCACUGGUCCAUUUAGCUCAGUAUUGUUUACACUGACUGACAGCAGCUUUCCAAGGUUUCAAGCAGGGGCAUUACCAGCCCUACCUGGAGAUGCCAGCAAUUGACUCUGGGACCUCCUGCAUGCAAAGCAGAUGCUCUACUAAGCUACAGCCCUUCCCUCCAAAGGCUGACACAUGGGCGUAGCUGGGGGGGGGCAGAGGGGCAGCUGGCCCCCUAAAUCAAUACAAAUCAGUACGAAUAUGAGGUUCUCCCCCCCCCCAACAAAAGCCUGCCUCCCCAACAAAAAUCCUGGCUACGCCCAUGUCAGUGAACAGAACAGUGGGAUGGGUUGAAAGGAUCUGGCAUGCCAACAAAGACCAUAGAACAGACUUCAUCUUUUUCUUGAUAACUUUUAAACAAUAUAGGGUUCCACCUCAGCUCCCCUGUGUGGAAUCCACAUCCCAUUUCUACCUUGCAGGACUUUGAGAGAAUGUGGAACCUUGUCUCCAAGGAGACCUUAAAAAGAAGGCAGUGGAUUAGAGAGCUGGACAAAGCCUUACUCAAGGCAGAGGUAGAUCGAGCUGAACGGGUAAGUACAAGAAGAUGCUAACAGAGAGUACAUGAAUGAUUGUGGGGGGUGCUGCUGUAUGCCUUCCAUCAGCAUGUUGCCCAGAAGGAAAUCCAGCCCUUGGAGCUGGAAAAAGUUCCCCACCCUUGCUAUGGCUCCUUGAAAGGGUCAGAAAUAGUUGUUUCUUGCUGGCGCAUGUGUCUUUUUAGGAACUGCCCUCUUCAGUGAGAUGGUGGAGGUUUGUCUCUUUAGGUGAAUGGGGCAUUGCCUCACCACUCUCAUUCUGUCUUCAGCCAAUUCGCACCUGCCUUCCUCCUUACUUACAGUGAGUCUAGGGGGUGCCCCAGCUGUUAGCUUCCCCCUGCAUAGACUCAAAGUGCCCCUUGUGGAACUCAUCAGGGAGAAUGAUGAGAAUAAAAGCUAGAAUUGGUUGGCUCUGCCUGUCAUUGACUCUGGUUCUACUUAUCAUUGGCUAUGGCUCUGCCUACACUACAGCCCAGUGGGGUGGUCCCCCAGCAUGUCCCUAGCAAUCUCAGCAGAGAGGUGUCCUCACCAUCCUGAACACUUUUCUUACCCCCUCCCUCUGCUUUGUUUCCAGAUCAAACUUUUGUUGAACAAAUAUAAUAAGAUCCUGGAUGACAUUUCCUAUUUCCUACCCUCUGAUGUCCACAGGUUCAUUCACAAGGAAGCCAUGGUAAAACCUUUCUGCUUGAUACCUGAAAUUCUCCAGUAAGAUAACUACAGGUUUUGCUUGAUCCCACCCCCCAACCCUGUAGUUCGGGAAAGAUUGAAAGUGGGCAUAUUUGCAAACCUAAUUUGGGUAGCAGAAUUGGGCAUUUUAAAAUAAAAUUGUGGUGACAGAGAGAGAGAGAGGCUAUGUGCAAGAUUAGCACAGCAACCAGGAAAGAGGGAUGGGAUCCCUGAGAUAUUCUACGUGAAAGGAGCAGAGAGACAAGACAAGGACACGUUUGCCCUGGUGUCCCCAGCACGGCGCCAAGGGUGCACAGGUGCCUGUGAUACCUCAAAACCCUCUGCACUCUUCUUCCUCUCCACUUCUUUUUUAUCAGAAACUAUCUUUUCCCCCUCUUUGGAAGUGAGAAAGGAGUGAAGAAAGCAGACUGACCAAGAGGGGAGGAGGAACCUACUCUGGGCAUCUCUGCUUUCUGCCCCAUCAAGUCCCAGUGGGUUACCAGCCACCAUUGUAAUGGCACUAGAGAACAAUUAAGGGAUGCAUCUAGCUAAGGUUUAUUCAGAGUAGACUCCUUUAGAUUACUGUACCUAAAUUUGUCUUGCCCAUCAUGUCCUCUGGGUUGAACCAACUAAUCUGAAGUCUUCAUCUCCUUGAAAAAGAGAGAUUCCCUUGCUACUCUCAUCUACAUCUUCCAAUUCCAGAUGAUCAACCAAGCCCUGCUGGCCAAUCGGAGAGCAAUAGCCAAGCUGUUUGUCAACCUGAUGGAGGCAGACCUGAAAGGAGACAUCUUCUAUCAUCGCAAACUGGAGGAGAGAAUAAAGACCUGGAGAGCCAAAUGGAAGCAGAAAAUAAUUUACAGUUUCAGGUCUGAAAUUUCAUUUAUUUAUUUAUUUAGAGUAUUUGUACUUUGCUCUUUAUGUAAAAGUGGUUCCCAGGUGUCAGGGAACUGCCAUCGGAGCUGGAAGCGGAGGGGAGGCUCCAAAGGGAUGGCGGAGAGGGUCCCAGUAGGGAGAGAGGGAACCCGUCUGCUGGGGAAGGAAAUCAGCGUAACACCAGUAGAGAAGGGGGGCAGAUGGGGGAAUCGGGGAGGAGGCUCCAAGACUCCUCGCCGGAGACCAGCGGAGAGAGUACGGGUCCUCCACUGCCCACACCCUCCCUGCGCAGAAGACUUCCGCGCAGGGAGAGUAGGAGGAGACUUGGCGUCAAGGAACUUUUGUGCUGGAAAAGGUUUAAGAAACGCCCACUGACGGAUUCUGCCAGCGACUGAGACAGUCACGUUGCUGGAGGCUGUUCAGUCAGAAAGGGUUAACCAGGUAACCUAGCCAGGAGUGGCGGCAACUUACGCACGAGCAACCCCUAAACCCAUUACAGCAGGUUUGCAUACAAUUGGUUAAAACAAGACAGUCCCUGUCCUCAGGCUUCACAACACACAAGGAGAAAGGGAGAGGAUGGGAAGAGGGUGGAAAUCAAGCUCGGGAUCCAGUUCUUAAACAGUUGUUUUUAUAAUGGCCAGCUAUCAUAGUUCACACAUAGUUCACAGAUAGAAGGUGCUUAACAGAGCUGGUCUUUUGGUGAACUCUGCUUCUCAUCUCUCCCACUGAGGCAGACUGAUUGAAUGGUUGCCCCCAGAUGGCAGUUUGGGGGAAAGAAGGCAUGAUGGAGCAGGAGAUUUGGGCAGUAUAAGAUGGGUGUGGCUUUUCAAUUGCACAGUAUCCCUUGCAAAAAAGGAAGCCCACAUUUAAUGUUUUUUGUCAUGUCCUGUAGACAGUUCAUGGAAAGUGAAAGAAUACGGCACCCGAGUGCUGUGAAUGUGGAGCUGGAGAACAUGCUACAAGAUCAAAAAUCACUCACUGAGAAGAGAACAGCACUGUUAUAUUCUCUGGGGUAGGUGAACAGGAGAAUAAAAUGUAACUUCUCAUUCCUAAGAACGUAAGAAUAGCUUCCCUGCUGGAUCAGGCCAAAGAUGCUUUUAUUCCAGUAUCCUGUUCUAAUAGCAGCCAACCAGAUGCAUUGUGGGAAGCUCACAAGCAGGACCUGAGCAUAACAGUAACUCUCCCCUUAUGAUUACCAGCAACUGGUAUUCAGAGGCAUAUUACCUCCCACAGUGCAGACAGAACAAAGCCACCCUGGCUUGUAGUAGUGAUGUUUUGAUGGUGUCAAAUUAUGGGUGGUUGGCCGAUGUGUAUGUAGGUCAGGGACUUUAACAUUUUACUUCCCCCUAUGGUCCCAAACCAUAUUAUCCCCACCCCCCAUGCCAAUAAUUUGCACAGGACUUUUUCCUUAUGCAACCUGUGGGGAGGACUCCAAAUUAGGGCCGUGGGGGGCAGAGGCAGUGGUGGAGCUUCAUGCUCCAGCACCAGGGGGUGGAGAGCAGGUGGGGGCGGGGCUGGCGUGCGUCCCAGGGGCGUGACACGUCACCUGUGGGGGCGUGGCACCCAGCGCAGGUGGGGGGCAGCCGCAAUGGCACCCUACCAGGAUCGCGCUGCCGGGGACGGUGCGCUCCCCCCCAUUCCUCAGUGGUGGAGGGCAUCCAAUGUUGUCAGUUUGUAUAAAAGAAACAACCACCUGCACAUAUACAGGCAAAUAUAGAACUCUUAACAACCUGGGCUGUAUCCAAUGUUAGCCAUAAUCAAAGUAAGCCCACUGAAGUUAAUGACAGAUUUAGACCCAUUAGUUUCCGUGGGCCUACCUGGUAAGUAUAGAAUCAUAGAAUUGUAGAGUUGAAAACAUCCUCAAGGGUCAUCUAGUCUAACCCCCUGCAAUGCAGGAAUCACAGUAUUCUAGGACAAACAUGGGAUAAAACCUGUUGUUCAGUUUUUCCAGUUGGCUCCCUGUAUCACCCAACUCCAGGGUUAGCAGUAGGAGUGUUGUCAGCCAAACUACGUGAAAGGAAGGGGAAAUCUGCUACCUCCACUUGUCUCCACUGAGCCCCCAGUCCCGGCCCACAAAUUUCCAGAUUUUCUCCUACGCCCAAACAACACAAUCCCCCCUUCAGCUUUCCCUGAAAAAGGUUCUCUGUGGAACUUUCAGCUCAGCUAUAUAACUAAUAUGUGACCAGUGUAAACUGGGACCCAAAUGAAUUUUAAGAUUUGUCAUGCAGACCUCAAGAGCUUUAUGUGCUAAGUGUUUCCCUCUCUCUUGUCUUUUUAGCAAUAUGCUGCCUUUGAUGCAAUCCAAGGCUGAAUUAAAUGAGUGGUAUGAAUCUGUGGUGGCUUUAAAUAAGCGGAUAGGUAAGGAACAAAAGUUUUGCUAUUGUUAUUUAGAGCAGCAAUUUAUAUCUUUACCAGAUUUCCUAACUAUAACCCUUCACUUUAAGGUCUCAGGGCAGGCUACAAGAAUAUAAUAUACCAUUAUAGAAAUAAGAUGAAAUCUUUAUAAUGAUAAACACAAGUAAAGCUGUUCAGAUGGAACAAGCAGUGCUCCACAUGUUCACAAACAGAAAUAUGUGAAUAUUUCAUAUUCAAUCUUGUAACCACCAAAUCCAAUCUUGUGUUAAUUUUAAUUUUUGUCUCAAGAUACCCACAAUGUCCAAUACUUAAUGAAAAUCCGCCUCCAGUACGAGAAAGUUUGCCAGGAGUGUUUGUCAAAGGUGCAGGAGUGUAAGGUUAGUGGGCCAAUCAGUUUUGUUGAAAAUAUGUGGAUUCUGUUUUUUAGCCUGACUACAGAUGAGAAUAAGAGAAAAUCUGUUGUUGUUGUUGUUGUUGUUGUUGUUGUUGUUGUUGUUGUUGUUUACCCACCCUUCACUCUAAGGUCCCAGGGCAAAUUAAAACAAUCAAAACACAACAUUAAAAGCAUUUUAAAACAACUUACCAUCACAGUAAUAAGAUAGGCCCUAAUAUAUACAUCUCAAGUGUCAGGAGCCAGUUUAAAGAGGUGUGCCUUCAGCAUAUAGAUGGCAAUAUAGAUAUUUUUGAAGACUGUAAUGACUAAUGAUCUGGAAGGGAAGAUGAUGUAAGAUGUAAACUCCCCACUGCCAGAUCUUAGAUCAGGAUAGCCAUUGUAGUGUACCUUCAAGUGUUGUCAGACUACAACUCCUAUUAGCCCCAGCCAUCAUGGCCAGUGGUCAGGCAUGAAGGGAGUUGGAGUCCAACCAUACCUGAUUUGACAGGUGAGCAGGAUUGCCUACCUGUCAGCAACCUACAUUAUUGUAACACUAGCCUCAAAGAGGGUUGCUGUCAGCAAACUUACAUUCCCGCCCCCCCUCGCAGACCAGAAAAGCUCAAAGCCUAUUGACAUCAGGCAGUGUCAGGGCAGGUGUCAGGAGCAAGCAAUAAUUCACAUGAUGUAAGGAAAGUUAACUCUCUUUAGUCAAAGAAACAAAACAGUUCAUGAGGCCAGGCCUAGUGAGCACAGCAACUUUUUCCAGCAGCUCUUGCCUCAGUGAGGCAGUUGUGAGGACUGAAGGUCCCUGUCUUCCCACAGCUCCCUAAAUUUCCUCCUCCCCAUGGUCCUUCUUAAGCAAUCUGUGCCUUGUCUGUCUUUGCUCCACCAUCUUCAUCCCUCUUCUGGUUCUGGGAGACCGGGGGGUGGGCGGGCGGAGCUGGUCAUAGCAGAAGGGGGAGAACCCCAGGCUUCUUCAGCAGCCCAUCUCAGUCCUGCCUCUUGGCCCCCCUCCUCUCCAGCCUCAUCUUCUGCCUCUGGUUCUGGACUGCCCUCUGCCCCAACUUCUUCCUGCUCACUACACCCUGUUACCUUUUCUGCUUCUGACACCUCCUUCUCCCAGUCUGCUCUCUCUUCUCUCUCUGACAACUCAUCAUUGUCCCACCACCAGUCCUCAGGUUCUGAACCUUUGUCCCUUAAGGGUCCCCAGCUGGUGCCUCCCACCAGUCCUGUGCAUCCAUGACAGGCUGACACACCUUCGCUGUACCCUUUUCGGCACCUGAUAAAAACGGUUUUGUUUAGACAAGUCCACCCAGGUAUUUAGAAAGUUGGUGUGAGUUUUAAUCUGUUCUUAGUUUAUUGUUAUUUGAAUGCUUUGAAAAUCUUAAAUUAUCAUUGUUAAAUCUUCUUAUUGAUCAUUUUGUUGUUUUAUCUUUUUUUGUAAACUGCUUUGAGGGGGUUGUUGUUGUUUUUACAAUCAAGCAGUAUAUACAUUUUGUAAAAUAAAUAAAUGAAAAGUGACUAACUUCUAGUGUGGAUUAGCGAACCCUACUUGCCAAGGAACAAGUGGCAGUGCACCUUAAGCUCCUGAUCAUCCUUUUGCAUCCACAUUUUUAGUUGCUCCACACCUGAUGUCAUCUAUGAUGGAAGUGGGUGUGGUUUGCAGGGAAAUGGUAUCAUGGGCCACAUUGCAACACUUACCAGACCUCAUGUGGUCCAUGAGCCCUGCUGUAAAUGAAAAGCGAUAUUAAUUCAUAAUAACUGAAACACAUUGGUGGAGUCAAGGCUGCAUAUUUAUGAACUUCACUACUAAUAAUGCUUUCUCCCUCUCCAAUUUUAGAACAAACUGAUAGAUAAGAAAAUCUGCACAGAAAAAGAGGCUGAAAGGAUUGUGAAUCCAAAUUUCUACCAGUUAGUUGGGAAGUUGCAGAGUCGCUUUGAGCAGGAAGUAGAAAUGAUGGACGUAAGUUUGCCAGUGUCUCUUCCUAACACGUUUCCUGCAACACAUCCUAGCAGGAUCAGAGUAGCAGAAAUGAACCUGCUGCAACUCAAAUUGAGAGAACCCAUGGUCUGUGUAGCAGUUCUCCUUGUGGGUCAGAUGUGGCCCUCAAGGCCUCUGCAUUUGGCCCUCAGGACCAGUGGCCAAAACUGAAAUAUGAAAGCUAGGCGCUAAAUGGCACCUUAAACCUAGGUUAUGGGCACAACUACAGAAUGUUUACGCGCUUUUUUUAUAACAAGAAUACAAAGUUGAAAAUGAAUGAACUGCAGCUAAAAUAUUAUGUUCAUUUUUCACAUGGUCUAGUCCUUCCCCUGCCCACCUCCCCUAAUAUUCUUAAGAGGGUCUCUUCUCCAGUCUUCAGAGAAUAGCUGGCAGUGGGGAGGCAGAAAAAGGUCCUUUCCUUGCACUCUGCAGUUUUAAUCUGAAAUCUUAGCUCAGAAACUGUCUGCGCUAAUGACAUUCCCUGUUGCAAAAUGCACUUAUGACAAUGGGAGUUUCGAACACUGCUCAGGGCUCUUCCCACAUCACACCUUUUCCCUAGGCACCCUUCUCUCCCUGAGCCACACUCUUCACCAGUUCCUCCCUAGCAUUAUCUAUCAGGCUGUCUAGGCAAUGCAACCCAGAUGCCUCAACUGGCACCUUUGAGAUGCAUUCCUCUAUUUUAUUUAUGUCACUGGAUGUUUCCUUGGGAGGAGGAGCAGAGGCAUCUUUCCUAUUGGGCUUACUGGUGCCUUGCGCCAGGGCGCUGUCCUCUCAGGGGAGCCCUAGCGAGUGGGGGAGCUGCACAGCUUUGCCAGUGGCCUCCCCUUUCCCUGCACCCACCAGCUGCACCUUGCCAACCAUAUGGCUGGCGGGCAUGCAGCUUGCCUUCCAAGCCUCCGCAGGAAGAGAGCAAUCCCUGCAGAGGCUUCAGGUGGAAGCUGUGCCCCGCCAGCUAUAUGGCUGGCAGGCAUGCAGCGCUCUCUUUCUCUCUCUCUCUCUCUCUCUCUCUCUCUUUCUCUCUCUUUCGCCUGCCCAGCCUGUGGGAAGAGGGAGGUGGGUGAUGGCGAGGCCACGGAGCUUCCGCGCUGGGUUUGCAGCCCUGUUUGCAAGGUCCCCUUGCCCGUCCUGUUCAGCUACAUCUAGCCCGAGCUGCGAGUAGCAGCAACUGCUGCCCUUGUUUCUCUCUCUCCCUGGAAUCCUGCCCUGUGUUUAAUGUUAUGGGCAACUCUAUCCUGGGGAAGGGAAGCCUCCUCCCUUCGCUUUUCUUUUUCUUCUUCUUCUUCCUCCUCCUUGGGGGUGGGCUCCUUCUCUGCCCCCCCCCCACCAACAAGGUCCCUAGGGAUUGUAAAGCAAGCCAGACCAUUUAGCACCGACCCCAUUCAUUCCAGCAUCUAGCCACCACCCACUCCAAGCCCUGCAAAAAAUAUCAUCACCAUUAUUAUUAUUAUUAUUACUAUUAUUAUUAUUAUUAUUAUUAUUACUACUACUACUACUACUGCCCUCCCCCCAUAGAUAUCAGGGUGGCUCAUAGCCUGAAACUACGGUACUAAGCACAUGCUAAAAACUAGAACAAAGGCAAACCAAACCAAGCCAGCAACCCUCCUUCUCCCUUAUUUGUGAAACAAGCCUGUUAAUUGCCUAUCCAACUAAAAAAAAAAAGGCACUGAAGGUUUUUGAGAUCAAUGCAAUCUAAAAAGCAUUGCAGGGGGUUGGGCUAGAUGACCUGCAGGGUCCCUUCCAAUUCUACGUUUUUCUGAAAAACGCACACACACAUAACCCAACUAUGGUCCCUCUGUAGUCCUCGCCCCAAGCAACUGUGUGUGAGUCUUGCUCCCCAGAAAGUGUGCCUUGUCUUGCUAGCUGUGGUUUUUGGUCUCUCGUCAGCCCUCUCCCCCCAAUCUAUUCAUAUUCCUUUCUCCCUAAUCUCCAAUAUUACAUUUUGGUUGAGACUUGAAACAGAAAGCCCUAAUUCCCAACUGUGUUUCUUGCUGCAGUCCUACUGUCUACUCAGAAGUAAGGUCCUAUUAGAUUCAGCAGGGCUUACUCUCAGGUAAGUGCGGUUAGAGCUGCAGCCUUUGUGACUCAAGUUUUGGGUCAUUUUUAGGUUCAGGAUGUCACUGCUUUACACCCACUCCCCACAAUAUUUGAAAACGUCAGCUUUGUACUUAAACACAAACUGGCCGGGAACUUCGUUGUCUGUGUCUUUAUUAAUUUAUUUAAAGAAAGGAUGAAUUAGAAGAACUGCUGAGUCUUGAAUGAGUGUUGCUUUGGAAUUGAGGACUUCAUUAGAUUUUCUUAGAGAUAAUGUGUAAGUGUGGUGUCAGCUCCCCAAAAAAAGGUCAACAACUCUGGGAAACGGGGGGACGCCAGAGGGAUCUUUGCACCACAGCGGCGGAUAUGCUUAAGACAGCCCUGAGGAGGAGAUUGUGAAUAAGAUUGGUCCUCGCUGAUUUACAUUGGGCCUUACCCACCCUCAGCUAAAUGCUGAUUGCAUCUGCUAACAAAAAUCCUAAAUCACAAAUUAUUUCCAUUUGAUUUCUCUCCAGGACCACCUAGAACAGUUGGUUAAGCACACAGAAAUCAACUGCAGGAAUGUCUACCAGUACUUCCAGGAUGCUCUCACUCUCUUUGAUACCCACAAAUGCAACCUUGUUCGUCAUGAAAAUGAGCUUCACAGUAAAAUGAACGAAUGCCGAAACAAGCACGAAAAUCUAAACAAGGUCAGAGCAGGGGUCUGGUUCAGUGAGGGGUGAGAGGACAGAGAAUACAAUAUGGGAGGCUGUAUCAGAGAUCUUGGUGGGGACAGAAAGAAGAAAGGUUGUUGGCAAAUCUGCAUGAACUCUUGCAUCUUGAAUCAGCCAUGUGCAUUUGCAAAAUUUAUUUGCACAAUAUGAUCUGCAAUUUUUAUUUUCACGUGAUUUUGCUUUGGCUUAGUCUAUGGAGAAAAGCAAGAACAUCAAGAGAGCUCUACUGGAUCAGGCCAAAGGUCCACUUAGUCCAGCAUCCUGUUCUCACCCAGUCAGCUCUGGGACUGAGGGGGGGGAUUUGAACCCUGAUCUCCUGGUCCUAGCCUGACACUCUAUGUCUAUGGCACCACAUUGACUCUGAUAACAUAAGAGCAUAAGAAGAGCCUGACUUCUGGCCCAUCAUAGUCCAACAUCCUCUUCUCAUAGUAGCCAAUCAGAUGCCACAGUGGGAAGCCCACACUCAGGACAUGAGCAGAGCGCUCUCCCUACUUGUGAUUCCCAGCUGGUGGUACUCAAGAGUCAUACUGCCUUUGACAGCCAUCAUGGCUAGUUGCCACCCAUAUCCUUAACCUCCUCCUUGAAUUUGUCCAGUCGUCUUUUGAAGCCAUCCUAGUUGGUAGCGCUCACCGCCUCCUGUGGAAGUGAAUCCCAUAGUUUAACUUUGUGCUGUGUGAAGAAGUCCUUCCUUUUACCUGCCAUGACUCUUCCAAAAGUUUCCCUCAUUGGACAGACAGCCCUGGAUUCUAGCAUUAUGAAAGAGGGAGAAAAGACCUCUCCAUAUCCAUUUCCCCCCAAACUAUACAUAAUUAUGUGCACCUCUAUCAUGUUUCCGCUUUUUCAGCUUUUCUCUAAAGUAAACUGCAUAGUGACUCCCUUUUCUCUUAAAUAAGCUUAACUAAACUACAUAGUUAUUGUUUGUAGCGCUGUAUUCUCUUCUGUUUUUUAAAUUUACUUUAUGUUUCAGAACAAAUGUUUUCCCAAACUAGCUUACAGUCAGUAUCCUAAAUACAUUUUUAAAUCACAGUCUAAUAAUUUCAGACAAUGAAUAAACAAAAGCAAACACAAAAUUUGGGAACAGUAUCACAAAAAUGCUGACUUAAUAUAUUUUUAAAAAUUCUUUAGCACCUUGUAGUGGUUCUAGGGGUUGCUCGUGCGUAAGCCGGUGCCAACACCUGGCUGGGUUGCCUGAGUGAACCUUUUCUGUUUGGACAGCCACUCACCUGUGGCUGUCUCAAUCGCUGGCAGAAUCCGUCAGUGGGCAUUUCUUAAACUUCUUCCAGCAAAGAAGCUCUUUGACGCCUAGUCUCCUCCUACUCUCUCUGCGCAAAAGCCUUCUGCGCAAGGAGGGCGUAGGCAGCGGAGGACCCCUACUCUCCCCGCUGGUCCCCGGCAAGGAGUCAUGGGACCGCCUCGCCACUUCCCCCAUCUGCCCCCCUUAUCCACUGGUGCUACGCUGAUUCUCUUCCCCAGAAGAUGGGCUGCCUCUCCCAAUCCCGGGACGCUCUCUGGAAUCCCUCUGGAUCUUGCUCUCUCCCUCCGGCACUGAUGGCAGUUCCCUGACACACCUCUUGACCAAUUACUGAAUGUUUCCCUGAAUAUCAGUAUGCUUUUUAAUCAUUUGAUUGGUUACCUUAUAAAACAACAACUGCAUAUUGGCAGAUAGUCAGCUUAGCUAGAUUCUUUUAGAAAUUGAAAGAUGUGUGAAAUAACUUACGAUUUUAGAAAACUCAAUCUGCUGCUCACUGUAAGGCUGCCUUAUAACUGUUUUAAUUUUUAUACCCUCUGAACACACCAGUCCCAAAGUAGCUUGGAGCAGCAGUGGAAAUAAACUCCAGCCUGAAUCAAUUCAAGUUUUAGAUGGUUUAUCUGCCCUGCCCCAAGUAAUUAAGCCUUCUAGCAUUAACCAUUCUAAUGCCGACUGCUUCCUUCCAUAUGGAGCCAGCUAAGGGAACUUAAUCUGGAUGUGACCGUGGACAAACUGAGGACCCAAAGUUCUGAUGAAAAACUGAAGGCCCAGCUGGAGAAGGUUUAUGCUGUUUUGGACUUCAUUCGAGCUGGGUAUGUUUCAAGCAGUGCAGGUGGCAGAGGAAGCACAAAUGCUUUGGGCUAGAGAUAGAUAGAUGUACAGUAUGUAUAUAAAUCCUGUGAAAUGACAAACAAGCUGCUGUGUUCUUCUCACUGCAUGUUUUGAAGCUCAUCUCCACAACCAUAGGGUCUAUAAACUUGCUUUAAAAGAAAACUCUGCAGAUGCUGCCCUAGGUAUGCCUGUCAACCAGUAAGAACAAUGUGCUCUCUGAUGCACAAAACAGUGAAUGGCCUGAGACUGAGUCUUCACUGGAAUUCUAGGAUGUGAGCUGGGACUUUUCAGGGCAGAUGCCUAGUCUGGUGAGCUACCAUAAGCUGCAUGUUUCAAAGCUUUAGAGCAGCCUUCUCCGGCCAGAUGUUUGGGACUAUAAACCCCAUCAUCCCUGACAGUUGGGCAUGCUGGCUUGCCAGUUACACAUGCCAAGUCUACACCCACAUUGAGGAGGUGCAGUAGCAGGACACAUGCUUUGUAUACAGCAAGUCGUUAGUUCUGUCCCCACUCUCUCCAGUUAAAUAAGAUUUUGAUGUCAAGAAUUACCAUUAAAAUUAAAAAUUAAAAAUCCAAAUCCAAAACCAACAUUCUUGAUUCAGUGGUUCUGGUUGAAUGAAUGAAGUUCGCACAAUGUUUACUCAAUUUAGUUGUAAGUCAUCUGUCAUAGAUGUUUGAAUAUUCAUUGCUGCAAGUUGGGAUGCCGACAGAUUCUGGCAGUUGUACACGGUGUCUGUUGUUAUCAAAUGUUGACUUCUACUGCAGUGGCCUCUGAUGUCAACCUCUAAUCCUACAUUGCACAUAUUUGAUGAAUUCUUGCACAAUCAGAUAAUAUCUGUGGCAAAAUUGUUAAAUAGGUCCUGGGAGACACCAGGGUUCAAAUUCCGCACUCAACCCUGAAGCUCACUGAGUGACCCUGGGCUAGUUGCUGUCUCCCAGCCUAACCUACCUCACAGGGUUGUUGUGGGGAUUAAAUGAGGAAGGGGGAGAACCAUGUACUGUAUGUCACCUUGAGCUCCUUAGAGAAAAAGGUGGACAAGUAAUGCAAUAAGUAAAAAUAAUUAAAAAGUUUUGGUUUCUUUGUUUGUUUACAGAUAUGCAACCUUCCAACAAGAUCUCUUGACUAAAUUAUCCGCUUAUCCAGACUGUAUUUUACGCAGCCUGAAUUCUUACAGCACCUCUGUCAGCCGGUAUUUUAAUGUGUGGGAAGUCUACAAAGGGGUAUGUAGAAAACAAGACUUUGAAUUUGACACUUUUGUAACUUAAGUAGGUGCAGGCAGGUGCUGCAUCCUUGCACAUGUUCCCCUUCCCUACACUGAAAUUGACUUCUUGCUCAGUUCAUCUAGCAAACAAAUGGGAAUAAAAGGGUACAGUUAGUAAUCUAUUUAUUUGCUGUUUUCAUUUGUUUUAUUUAUUACAUUGUUUAUUACCUUUCUUCCCAAGGAGCUCAAGGUGGCAGUACAUAAUUUCCCCCCUUCCCAUUUCCUCCUCCCAAUGACCCUGUGAGGUAGGUUAUGCUGGGAGCGAGUGGCUGGCCCAAGGUCACCUAGUGAGCUUCAUGAAGAUACCCGUUAAAGGAGUGGGGACUGUCUUUUCUUUCUUUGAACUCAGUUAAAUUGAUGGACUGUGAAUGUGUUCCCUUCAGGGCCCAGUUGCAUUUGUGACAUUCCUAGUCCUCUUGAGCAGCCACUUGUGACCUGACUCAGAAGAGGUAGAGUAACAGUGUGUGAAAAAGGAGUGGAGUUGAUCCCCAAGGAAAUGGCAACCCCACACACAUACACAAAGCUGAUGAAGAGCAUAGCAUGGAUUCCAGUGUGUUAAAAGCCCCUGAACAUGGUUUGGGGGAUUGGGAACAUGCCAUCUGAAUGCAUUUUUUCUCUCUCAGACUCAGCCUUCCAAACCUGUGUUGACCUACCUGUAAGGGUUCUUGUAGAGAUCAAAAUAAAAUGCUGUCAGUGGCAUGCAAUGAGCACCCAAGAGCACUGUGUAGAUGUCAUGCAUUAAGUAUUAUUUGUGAAAAAUAAUGAAUUAUCCUUUUUAAUUCUUGAUAUUUUUUCUUUUCCCGCUUUCUUUUUUAAAAAAUCAGAAGCCAUUCAAGCAAACUGGGGAUAUGAGUGAAGAGGAAGGUAAUUUCUAUCCUCCACAGUGUAAUAUAGUAUUUUAAAAAGCACAACUUUGCUUCUUACAAUCAUGAGAAUCAGUACCAUCCAAUCAGGCAUUUUGUUCCACAUGAUGUCAGCAUUGAACCUCCAGUAUUACGGUACCUAUCCUUUGGAACUCCCCCCCACCACAUACCUAACAGGCCCCUUGUCUGUUGACUUUUCAGGCCAUGGUAAAGGCCUUUGCUUUUUCCACAAAUAUUCAUCCCAGUUUGUUUAAACAACCCCUAAGGUCUCUUCCUUCAAAGCCCACCAUCUCCCUCCAAGAUUUUCAGAAAGGGGAGGCUGCCCUUGAGUGAGACUACUUAACCUGUAAGAGAUGGGAGUGUGGAAAGUAAGAACACAUAUCACCAACACCCUUAUUGCCAACCCUCUGGAGGUGACCCUUGUGUUAUUUUUUCCUUUUCCUUUUCCUCAACUCAAGGGUGGGGAACUUCAGGUCCAGAAGUCAAAUACGGCUCCCUAAGCCACACUGUCUACUAGCUCUGCUUUGCCCCCUCCUUGCAUAUUUUUGCCUAGUUGGGCUAAGUCCUUGAACUCUGGUUUUGCCUCUUGCUUGCCUGGACAGAGGCAGGAGAGCUGUGGGAGGGUGGGUGAGUGUGUGUAGAAAUCAGCACUAUGGUGAUUUGUAGUGUUCUGCCCACUUUUGCCUCUGGCCCCACCCUCCACUGCCAUAAGGCCCUCAGAAAUUUACCUAGAAGGGAAUGUGGCCCUCUGGCUAAAAAGGGGUUCCUCCUCCUCCUCCUUCUUGUUUUAGUAUUCAUAUGCCUAGCAAUUCAUAGAGGGACAAAAGGAAGGAAGGUCUCUGUCUCAAAGCUUACAAUCUUAAAAAUGCAAGGAAUUACAGCCUUCCAUGUGCAGUCUAAAUGCAUGUUAAGUUUAUUCACAAUUAGCUCAUUGCUCUCUCCUUCUGCCCCCUCCCUUUGCUGUCUCCCUCCCCACCUGUGAAAUUUUAACUGUAAGCUCCCUAGGGUUGAGGCCACCUCCCUUGAUUUAAUUUUUCCUCUUCAGAGCACUGUGUUCACAAUAAUUUCAUUUUAUGCUCUUUGGGCAGAAAUGGGGGAGGACAUUGAAGAGUCGGACAGAAUUGAGGAGGGCUUCUCUGAGAACAAAAGCGAAGAAGAAGAAAAAGAGGAACAGCAGGUGGAGGUGAACCCAGAAGCUGAGGAAUCGAGAAUUACCAUAGCAGGGGAUUCAGAGAGCUCUGCUCCAGAAAGCGAUGGAGCGCUCAUCCGCAGAGACGGCAGUUUUAUCCUGGAAAGUGACAAUGUGGAGAAAUCUGAUGAAGGGAGCAGUUCUACUACGCAAGAGGCUGUUGAGGUCCGUGACGUGGAAAAUGCCACAGCACCAGCAUUUGUGAGUUUCCACCGGGUUGGGGUGGGGGAACAGGAUGACUUUAGCAAACACAGAAUGACAUAGAAGAAGCAAGACCUGAGCACAAGAGUGCUCUCCCUUCCCUUGGUUUCCAGCAACUGGUAUUCAGACGCAUUUCUACCUCCAACCAUAGAAGCCAUGCAUGGCCAUCAUAGUAAAGGCCGUUGAUAGCCGUCUCCUCCACAAAUUUGUCCAAUCUUCUUUUAAAGCUAUCUAGGUUAUUGGCUAUCAGUACCUCUUGUGUGGGACGCGGGUGGCGCUGUGGGUUAAACCACAGAGCCUAGGACUUGCCGAUCAGAAGGUCAGCAGUUCAAAUCCCCGCAAUGGGGUGAGCUCCCGUUGCUCCGUCCCUGCUCCUGCCAACCUAGCAGUUCAAAAGCACGUCAAAGUGCAAGUAGAUAAAUAGGUACUGCUCCGGCGGGAAGGUAAACGGCGUUUCCGUGUGCUGCUCUGGUUCGCCAGAAGCGGCUUAGUCAUGCUGGCCACAUGACCCGGAAGCUGUACGCCAGCUCCCUCGGCCAAUAAAGCGAGAUGAGCGUCGCAACCCCAGCGUCAGCCACGACUGGACCUAAUGGUCAGGGGUCCCUUUACCUUUACCUCUUGUGGAAGUGUGUUCCAUAGGUUAUCUAUGUGCUACAUGAAGAAGGACUUCCUUUUAUCUGUCUUGAAUCUUCUAACAUUCAGCUUUGUUGGAUAUCCAUGUGUGCUGUUGUAAUGAGAGAGGCAGAAAAAUCUCUCUGUCCACUUUCUCCAUGCCAUGCACAUUUAUUUGUGUGUGUGUGUGCAUAGCAUAGUAUUUUGCAUUUUUCUAUUUACAUAUCAUACGUUACCAUCAAAUAUUCUUUCCAUAUAGACUUCCUAGCCUAGCCUUCCAUGGUGUCUGUAAUAUGUCUGGUAUUGCUGUAUAUCCAUAUAUUAAUCCACCCUACUUUUUCCUUUCUAAUUCUUCUUUGUAUUUAAUUGUUGUUCAGAGAAUCACCCCUACUUGUAAUUUCAUUUUAGUAUCAUUUUUAAAAAAAAAUACUCCCCAAAAGUUUCCCAUUCACCCUUUAUUUGUUUUCCAUCCUGAUUCCUUAUUUUGGCUGCCAUGCUUGCAAGUUUGGCAUAUUCUGUCAAUUUAUGCAGUCAUUGUUCUUUUGUUGGUGUUUCUUUUCCCGCCCAACUUUUAGCAUACACUAUUCUUGCUGGUGCUGCAGCAUUACAAAAAAUAUGAUAUAGCCUUGCAGGGAGCUCAUAAUCAAUUAUUGCUAAUAGAAAGGCUUCUGGUUUCUUUGGAAAUGUAAAUGGGGGUGGGGGGGGGGAGAUGAGCUCAUUGUAAACCAUCUCCCAGUAUUUUUGGGGUUAUUUACACUGCCACCACAUAUGUAUGAAAGAUCCCUCAAUCUCUUCAUGUUUCCAACACAGUUUGGACCCUCUCUUGUACAUUUUAACAUUUUAACUGGGCAUCAGAUUCUACUGCCAUGCACAGUUUUAAGCAUCAUGUAGUGUUUUCCUUGCCUUUUCUCUAAACGAAAAUAUCACAUGCACUGCAAUGUUUCUUCAUACAUUACAGUGCAUGAUUCCUGCGUCCCAGGAAUCCUGGGAACUGUAGUUUAGCCCUCAGAGAGCUGCAAUUCCCAGCAUCCUUAGGAAAUUGCAAGAUUUUUGGGGGAAAGUUAUACUCUUUAAACCUAGACAGCCUAAGAGGUCUUGUGCAGCAGGUCCAGUUCCCCCCCAAGACUGGACAUACUGUGAUAUAAGAAAAACAAUGAAGAAUUGCACUGGAAAGGUGUGGGAUGAAACCCUUCAUUUGCUGAAACAUCAUCUAACCUCCCUGCAAACAAUUCUUACCUUAUGCCAUCCACUGGCUUAAAUGUUGCUUUUAAUUGGGAACCAAUGUCAUGGUUUCUCCCUUUGCCUCUUCCGCAGGUGAGGCUCUCUAGGACACCGUCACGCCUGAUGGAAAUGACCACUGAGUUCUUCACUACAUCCAGUGGAAACACUUACAAGGCAGUUCUGAACUCACCAAAGCUUAAAAUCAAGAAAUCUGAGAAAUAUUAUGUGGGGAAACUGAAGGCGAAUUUGCUGCCCUCCUACCUAGAGCAAGUGUACCUCUCUGAGAGUUUCUUUACGGAUGUGAGAAGGCAGUGAGUAGGACUUCAAUCUCUUCUCUUAGUUUACAGCUCGAUCCCAUCUUCUGUGUGGGUUAUGUUCCAGUGGUUUGUGCAUAAAAGCAAAAUUACACAAAGCCAAAACUACCUCGACCCCUGAAAUGAGGUUGGGGCCAUAUAAGAUCUCAGACUGCCCUGCAGGAUCUUGCAAGGGCUUCUAGAGCCCUUGCAUGGUCCUCCCAGAGCCUAGUAAGCAAGGCAGAGGGCUUAAAACUCUUUCUAUGAAGGGAAAGACCCCUGGCAAACAAGGCUGCCUUAUCCACUUUUUAUUUAUUUAAUUUUUUUGUUGAGUACAUAAAGUUGUAUUUGUGUAGGUGAAGCCUGUGUGAGAUGCAAUCAACCUGUAGUUUAAUGGCAUUUAUUUAUAUGUUUUAAUUAAAAACAUUUACAUGCCACUUAAAAAACAUUUACAUGCCGCUUGUUGUCCUACCGCCAGCGGGUGAAGACUGUUUUGUUCCAGCAGGCUUUUGGAAGCCUACUGCUUUUAAGGAAAGGGCUUCUAAAUAGCACAACAUUGUUUUUACUACUUGCAUUUUAAUAUAUAUUUUUUGCAUCUGUUAUAGUUUUUAAUUCUGUUAUAGUUUAAUCACUUUUUUGACUAUCAUCUUCUAUAUGCUUUUAGCUUCCUGUGUGUUUUAUCUGUGUCUUUUUUAGCUUUUGUGAGCAGCCUUGAGUCUCAGUUCAGGGAAGCCGGAGCAUAAGUACAUUUUAAAAACAAUACGUUAGUAAAAACAAAAAUGCAGCCCAAAGCCUGAAAAACAGCAAUAUAGAAACUGGUGUGGACAAAAGUGCAGAAAACAGAUGUCCCGUAGAUUUCAAACACAUAAAUCCGGAUCUGAUUUAUAGGCCAGGGAGAAUGCCCAAGUAAAGACACAAGUCUUUGUAAGAUAUCUGAAGUGACUGAUGGCUGUUGCUUCAUGUGUGACAGAGGGAAGAGCCUUUCCCAAUAUAGGAACUACAGCAGAAAAAGUUUCUGAGUCAUCACCCUACAAUAUUUUGCAGGGUGCCAUGUCACAGGUAGAAUUUCUCUAGAUGAUCUAAGCAAUCUUACGGUAUUAAUACAGAGGCACAUAGCCUUCCAGGUAAAUGCCUUUUUCAACAAGAACGAGAAGAAGAUUGUUCAAGGCAUCUUUCAGCAUAAAAAUCAAAACAAGAUGAGCUUCUGGCUGUGGACUACCCUCUGGACAUUCCAUUGCAUCUGAUCCUAAGGAUCUUUAGCAUAAUUGGGGGAAAUUAAUGAUAGAAGUUUGAACGUAUUCAUUCCUCUGAACCUGCAACCUCCUUCAAUGGUGGUCUUGGAAGGAUUGUUGCUGUUCUCUCCCCCCCCCCCCCCCACACACCCAAUUUUUUUUUUCAAGACUUUAUUAUGAAGUUAAAAUAAGAAUCCAGUAAGAAAUAAGAAAUAAAAAUUUAAAAGUAAAUUUCCCCCCCAUAAAGCCAUUACUAUAUAAAAUACAUUCUCAAGACUACACAUUGAAUUAGAUGUUACAAAAACAAACUGACCCGAUACAGAAAGAGUACAGACCAAAGGUUACAAAUACAAGCCAUAUUUCAUUGGGAUUUGCCACCCCCAUGAUUGGCCUUUCAUAUAAGUAACAAAUGGCCCACCCACAAAGAAAGCUUCCCAUCACAUCUCUGACUCACCACUUCUGAGCAAGGGAAAUGCUUAGCACAGAAACUCAUACAUAAAAAUGUGGAGGGAGGGUGCUUAGCUAAUCUGAGGAUGGGCAGUUCUUCCCAUAAACCUGGAGCAAAGCAUGUCUCCUACUUUUUAAAUUCUGAAGCAAAGCAUAACCAGAGUUGCCAGAAGCCUGUGAAGCUCUGGGGUUCACCCACACUGCGUGAUGCAACACAGUGAACACUGAUGAAGUAGAGAUGAGAACUUAUGAGAGAGAGAUUUGUUCCUGUAAGCAGAAGGAUGCCCCAACUUUUCCCUUCCUUCUCUUGCCCCAUAACAGAAUCCGGCUGCAGUUUUUUGAACACCUGGAGAACUGGUAUUCUGAGACGUUGUCCAAGGCCUGGGUCAUUGUGGACUCCAAGAAAGAAGAGAUCAGCGCUGAACUGCAGCUGCGUGCUCACCUUCAUGAGCCAAGGCGGGAGCGCAUCGAGAAGGAUAUCUACGAUGUCAGAAUGGGUAUUAAUGUUUUCACUGCUACUUGUUACCAAUGUGACACAAUUGUUUCAGCUAGCCCACCUACUCCCCACUAACACUAAGGCCACAUCCACACCAUACAUUUGAAGCGCUACAAUACCACUUUAAACAGUCAUGGCUUCCCCAGAAGAAUUCUGGGGGCUGUUAAGGGUGCUGAAAGUCAUAAGAGGGUGAAAAUUAUAUACAGGUGGUACAUAACCCCAGUCAAGCUUGCAAAAAUCUACCAUUUGCCCGAUAACAAAUGUUGGAAAUGUAAAGAAACUGAAGGUACAUUCUUUCACCUUUGGUGGGCGUGCCCAAGGAUUAAGGUUUUCUGGGAGAUGAUUUAUAAUGAAUUUAAAAAGGUAUUUAAAUAUACCUUCUUGAAGAAACCAGAGGCCUUUCUCCUAGGCAUAGUCGGCCAAUCGGUGUUAAAGAAGGACAGAACUUUCUUUAUGUAUGCUACAACAGCAGCAAGAAUACUUAUUGCAAAGCAUUGGAAGACACAAGACCUACCCACACUGGAAGAAUGGCAGAUGAAAAUGAUGGACUACAUGGAAUUGGCAGAAAUGACUGGCAGAAUCCGAGACCAGGGAGAAGAGUUGGUGGAAGAAGAUUGGAAUAAAUUUAAAGUCUAUUUACAGAAAUAUUGCAAAAUUAAUGAAUGUUAGAAUGAUGUUGGAUUGAAGUUAAGUGGUUUCUAGCUGUAAUGGUAUAAAAGAAUAUGGAAAAAUUGGAUUUUCAAUAUGUAAAAACUUAAUGCUAUAAUAUAUUAAGAUUAAAGAUCAGGAUAAAAUAAGGAGGGAAAGGAAUUGCGGAACUAAUAAAUUGAACUGGAAUACAAAAAAGGGAGGCAUGAGGAGGUCCGGGAAACAAGUAAAUGAAAGAUAAGUGAUGAAAAGAUGGAAUUGUUUUUAAUUGGUUUUUUUUUUUUGUAUUUUUCUUUUCUCUACUUUUCUUUUUUUUAUCUAUGUAACCUUUUUUGAAACUUUAAUAAAUAUCAUAUAAUAAUAAAAAAAAGAAAGUCAUAAGAGGGAAUUUCCUAGACCAGGGGUCAGCAACUUUUUUCAGCCGUGGGCCGGUCCACUAUCCCUCAGACCAUGUGGUGGGCCGGACUAUAUUUUGGAAAAAAAAUAUGAACAAAUUCUUAUGCCCCACAAAUAACCCAGAGAUGCAUUUUAAAUAAAAGGACACAUUCUACUCAUGUAAAAACAUGCUGAUUCCUGGACCAUCCACAGGCCAGACUUAGAAGGCAAUUGGGCCGCAUCCGACCCCUGGGCCUUAGGUUGCCUACCCCUGCCCUAGACAGAGGACUAGGACCCAGGAGACCAUGGCUCAGAUUCCCUUCAGUCAUGUAACUCACUGGGUGACCUUGGGCCAAUCACUGCCUCCCAGCCUAAUCUACCUCACAGGGUUAUUGUAAGGAUGAACUGGGGAGGAGGAGAACCAUGGACACGGACUCAAGCUCCUUGGAGAAGAAGAUGGGAUAGAAAUGCAAUAAAUAAACUGUAGUUCUAGGAGGGGAAUAAUGAGUCUCUGCAAAUAAUAUAGGCUGAUUUGCUAUAUAUGGUUGUGCCCAGCUGUUAGGUUAAAUUCCCCCUGCCCUCCACCGACCAUUGUCACCCUGGCCUCAACUGGUAGGCAGAGGAUCGAAUUCAAAACGUUGACAAAUUUGUGGAGGCUGAAUUUAUAAAAAGCAAAGGCAAGGAUGGGUUUUUGGAAAUUUGUUCAGUGGUGUCUGGACAGACACAUACACACACACACAAAUAAAUAAAUAAAUAAAUAUGUAUGUAUGAGCAAUGGCACCCCUUGGCAUUGCGGGGGGGGGGGGGGAUAUGGAUUGCAAGGCUUUCCAGAUUUAUCUUACUUUCAACUCCCACUGGCUUGAACCUAAAGCAUUCUCUCACCCCACCCCUGCACGCCUUUCCUUCCCCCCCUCUCAGCGGAGCUGCGAUUUCACAACGACCGCUUAGUGCGACACUGCAGUGGUGUGGUGGAGGCCCUGAAUAAAGAAAAAGCCGCCUUUUCCAAGCUCCGAGAAGACCAGAACCGUGUUAGCAAGACUUUCCGGCGGAAGAUCCAAGACAUGGAGAACAUCUUCCUGAUGGAGACCAGGGCAGAAAAGUCAGUUGGGGGGGAGGGGGUCGCACAGCUUUCCCCCAUGCGUCUUCAGUCCCAGGGAAUUGGUUGAGCAGGGGCUACCUUAUCACAACAUCAGGUUUCCUGAGUGCUUUUGAUUUUGGUGGUACUUCUGGAUCCAGGUCUCUCACUGGAGCCUCAGUGGCUAGAAGUGCCUUUUACCAACUGUGACUAGUUCAACAGCUAUGGCCAUUCCUGGACCAGGAAAGCCUUGCCAUAGUUGUUUAUGUGUUGGUUACUCCAAGACUGGGUUGCUGCCAUGCACUCUGUGUGGGGCUUCCCUUGAGUUUGAUCAGGAGGCUGCAGUUAGUGCUGAAUGUUGCAGCACAUACACCCACUCAGUCACUUUAAUCUGUGGAACUGACAAUGCCCCUGAUGCCAUAUAAUACCUGUUCUGUAUUUGUAAGAACUCGAACUUUUAGUGUGGUUGCCCCUACACUUUGGAACUCCCUGCAUGUUAACAUCAGGAAAGGCACCUUCAUUCUAUUCUUUUCAGCACGUGCUAUAACACUUUUGUUUAGGCAACCCUGUCCAGAUGCUGAGAAAGUUGAUGCAAGUUUUACAUCAAUUUUCAGUCAGUCGUUAUUGUAGCUUUUUGAAAGCCUUAAAUUGUUAUUAAUCUUCUUAUUUACAAUGUUAUUGUUUUAUCAUUUUUGUAAGCCACUUUGAGGGUUUAUUUGUUUCUUACAGUCAAGCUGUUUAAUAUAAACUUAAAAAACUUUGUUGGUAUAUCACCAUCUCCUUUCUCAGGCUGUUGAGUCUCAGCAACAAUAUGCGCACUGAGCUGAUUGACCACGUGGAGGUGAUGCAGCUCUCCCUUCGGAGCUACAGGCAGUACUUGGAAGAAGCACUAGGGAAGCUGCGAGACGCAAACACUGACUUCCUUAAAGCGUGCAGGUAUGCCAAGAUCUGUUCAGCAGUGGCUGGUGUCAUGGAUUCCAUGAGGUGGGGUGAAGCCCCCGAGGCAGUGCCCCUGUGGGUGCCCCACCACUUCCACUGCCAGCAGAGAAUGGGUACCAGCAUUGGUGCUUAUUUCAUGAGAUCUCACAGAAAUCUCACAAGAUCUCUCAUAGUUCGAGAAAUCUUGGAAGAUUUUGGCGCUGAUGCGCCGCUCCGAUAUCAACACUACUGUGUUGUUUAAGGCAACUUUACUUAGUCAUGGUAGCCACCACUGGGAAACCCACAAAAGUGGAAUCCCCAGGCCUAUAAAUUCCCUAUCUUAGCUUUGUACAAGUGCAGAAAUUAAGCCACGUUCCUGUCCCCCUCCUCCUUCCCCUGCUGAGUUCUACAAGGGACAAUUCUGAGACUUGAGGAGGAGAAGGAAGCUGGCAGCUGGUGCCACCACCCCUUGUAAGUGAGAAAGCAGGCAGGUGGGGGCUAGCUGAAGGCAGACUGGGGUAGGCAAGGUAGUGUCCUACUUGCCCUAAAGAGGCAACUUCCACUAAGUCUUUAUAAGAUCCUCCUAUACAGGUGGAAUCAUAAACAGGGCCUUUUCCAACCUCAGGCCAUCCAGAGUCAUAGCAUCCUUAACCGGUAUUUUUCAUUGUUUUCCCCAGAUUAUUUGCUGAUGGCGGAAAUUUUUCUCCUGAGGAACUAGAUGGCUUCAUCAAGCGCCUGCACAAGGAGAGUGGGCGCAUUGAGUUUGUCGAGGGCUUGAUCAUGAUUGACCUGGAGAAGAUGGAGUCUUCUUACCUGGAGCAGGUGAGGAGAUGCCGGUCUCCCUGUUCUAGCAAGAUAGAGGUUGCAUCAAGAACAGCGAGAAGAAUAAAAACUCUUAUUUUUCCCCGCUGCCUCCCAAGGCUACAGAGGUCAUCAACAGAUAUGAAAGCAAGUUUCGUUUUCUGGCACUCGACCGGCUCUUCAUAGAGAAAAUCCAACGGUUCUUGACGAACACUCAAGUGAAAAUCAAGACAGAGGUGCAGAUAAAUGAAGAGUAUUUUAUUUUACUUUAUUGCCAGAGUGGGGAGAGGCAGGCAUGGAGCUUUCUCCUUUACCCCCAGCUCAAUGACUUUUUACCUAAAGCUUUGAAGGGCUCCAGAUUACUUCCUUGGAUGUUUGACAAGCCCUUACUCAUCUUAUCCUCCCCGUUAGCACUUGCACACAAACAGCAAAAGGGAUAAAGCACAGGAAGCACCCCCAGAACUGAAUGAGUCCUGGUGGGAACGCCAGUGAGACCCGCCUUUUUUAUUUAUUAUUUCAUCUAUUACGUUGCAUUUAUAUCCCACCUUUUUCUCCAAGGAGUUCAAGGUGGCAUUUGCAGUUCUCCCCACACUCAUUUAACCCCCACAACAACCUUGUGAGGUAGGUUAGGCUGAGAGGCAGCAACUGGCCCCAAAAGUGAGCUUCAUGAUGGGGGGUGGCAUUUGAACCCCAAUCUCCGAGGCCCUAGUCUGACACUCUAACCACUACACCACUGGCUCUCUGCAGCAAAUGCUGAGUAGAGGAUGGCAAAAGAGACAAGAAGGAUUCUGAAACAACAUAUCAUGCAUAGCCAGAGAUGCACUGCAGAUCACCAGUAUAAAGCUCUCAGACCACUGGGGGAUGGAUUCUCACAAAACUACAGUGGUGCCCCGCAAGACGAAUGCCUCGCAAGACGAAAAACGCGCAAGACGAAAGAGUUUUCCGUUUUUUGAGUCGUUCCGCAAGACGAAUUUCCCUAUGGGCUUGCUUCACAAGACGAAACGUCUUGCGAGUUCUUGUGAGUUUGUUUCCUUUUUCUUAAAGCCGCUAAGCCAUUAAUAGCCGCUAAGCCGGUAAGCCGUUAAUAGCCGCUAAGCCGCUAAUAGCCGCUAAGCCGCUAAUAGCCGUGCCUUGCAAGACAAAAAAACCGCAAGACGAAGAGACUCGCGGAAUGGAUUAAUUUCGUCUUGCGAGGCACCACUGUAUCUCCUGCAGAUUUCCCCACCCUUGCCUUUCUCCUUAACUGGUAAACACACAACUGGGGAAAUGCAUUUGCCCAAUUGUAGUUCUGCCACUGGAAGUCCCAUAUCCCCUUGUAUCAGUGUCAGCCAGGAAAACCUUUCUCCACUUACCUUCUGCGAAUCUCAGUUAAGCUUUUGACUUCAAGUUCCCCCUUUUCCUUCUUAGGUGGCAAAAUCCAAUUGGCAGACCCAGACGUUAAACUCUUACAUGGAGAAACUCACCAGAAGGAUUGAUGCUUGUGCCCAUCCCACUGCAGAUAAGGAAGUAAGUUCCAACAGCAUGCAAUUAAAAAUGAUUUGUCUUUUUGCUGCAAGGGGUUCAAGUCACAUCCAGUGGGUUUUCAAAGUCUAGAAUGCAGACCUGGAAGCUUGCCAGGGAUUCCUCAGUAAGGGGAUCAUUCAUUAAAUGAAGCUGGGCAUUGGAAGAUUCAGGACAAACAACAAGAAAUGACUUCAUGCAGCACAUAAACUAUGGAAUUCUCUCAGCUGGAACUUACCAGAACUCAGUUCCAGCACCUCUCAGGUGGGUGCCACUGCUAUACUAAGAGAAUGAGGGAGGUGUUCAUGGUGAGUUCCAGCACCUCUUUUUUUAGAAAAAUAGCAAUGUUAAGACAGUGGUACCUCUGGUUACAUACUUAAUUCGUUCCAGAGGUCCGUUCUUAACCUGAAACUGUUCUUAACCUGAAGCACCACUUUAGAUAAUGGUGCCUCCCGCUGCUGCCACGUCGCGCGAUUUCUGUUCUCAUCCUGAAGCAAAGUUCUUAACCUGAGGUACUAUUUCUGGGUUAGGAGAGUCUGUAACCUGAAGCAUAUGUAACCCGAGGUGCCACUGUGUGUGUGUGUGUGUGUGUGUGUGUGUGUGUGUAUAUAUAUAUGUGUGUGUGUGUGUGUGUGUAUGUUUAUAUUGAACAAAAUCAUAUUUAGUGCCUGGUUUGUUUAUUUCUCUCAGUCUGUAACUUCAGAAGCACUCUAUGAGUUUGCCACGUUUGUGAUGGAAGAACUGAAAAAGAGAAGCAAGUAUCUCAAUUGCCUGCUCGAACUGGUAAAUAGAUCCACAUGGUGAAUGAUUGUAAUGAUUAUUAUUUGUCUCCCUAGUGCCAUUUGUGUACAAUGCACUGCUAAACAAGAAUAACAUAAGCAAAAAGACAGUUCCCUGGCAAUCAGUGGGCAAAAUGACACAUGAUGUUGAUGGGGAAAUUUGCAGAUCUGUAAAGCUUAAAGCUCCCCCUUUGGGGAAGGACUGUAGCUGAAUAGUAGAGCAUCUGCUUCACAUGGAGAAGGCCCCAGGUUCAGUUCCCAGGAUCUCCAGGUAAGCAUGGAAAAGACUCCCUGCCUGAAACCCUGGAGAGCUACUGCCAGUCAGUGUAAGCAGUGCUGAACUAAAAGGAGAAAUCAUCUGACUUAGUAUAAGGCAGAUCGCUAUGUUGUUCUUGUGGCUUCCCCCAAGGCACUUGGCUAGCCACAGUUGGAAACAGGAAGCUGGGAAAAUUGACCUUUGGUCUGGUCCAAUAGGAUGCUUCAUCUGUUUUGCUCCUUUCCGACACAGGACCCUGUGUUCUCUUAUGUACAAGACCCCACAAUCCCUACCUCCGUGACAACCUCCAUCCAAUCAGACAGCAUGCUGCAGGAAAGCAAGACAUUUGUGAUGGGUGUUGAAGGCACAUCACUGUUGAACCCAAGCCGGAUGGGGAAGCCAGCCUUUGACGAUGCAGCGAUUAGUGUGAUCAAACACCUCAUUGGGUAGGUAUUGAAGGGGAAGGGGCGGGAUGGUCCUGGUUCUUGCAAAAGUGGUGGAGACUGAGAGCACAGUAAACCCUAAGCCCAUCAGCAAGGAGGGAGAUGCUCAUAAACAAAUGCCUCCAAUUGGUUUUUAAACUCACUGCAGAGAGUGGUACCUAGCAGUGGUGGCUGUUGACUGUUGGGACUGGCAGAAGGAAGGGACACCCAAAAGGUGGUGGCACCAAAGCCAGAGGCAGGCAGAACCAGAGCCAAUCACAGGCAGCUGGUUAAUUCUUGUUUUAUCCCCAUCCUCCUCCCUGCUAAGAGGGCAAAACUGACUAAGGAGGAGGAAGCUGAUAGCCAGUGACCAGUUCCCCUGAACUGGUUGUAGGAAGACAGGCAGGUGGAGACUGACUGAGAGCAGACUGCAGUUGGUAGGGUGGUUCUCCACUCACCCUAAUGAGGGCAAGGAGUAGCCAAUGUGGUGCCCUAUGGAUGUUUUUUGACUCCAACUCCCAUCAGCCCCAGCCAGUGUGGCUAAUGGUCAGGGAUGAUGUUAGAUGUAAUCCCAACAACAUAAAGAGGACUUCAUGUUGGCUACCCAAUGGGAAAAGUUACUGCUAAGAUGAUGUGGGCAAGAAAAUGAGAGUGUCACGAAACUCCAACAGAGAAAGAGUGCUUAAAUAAAGUGCACGGAAUUGGCUGAGACAAGUUAACUGAGCUCUAGUCCACAGGAGGGAAGGGAGGUCAUGGAGUGUUGACUUCACUGAAAGAUGGAAUUGCUUUGUCAAAUAGCGGAAUACAAGUAAGGGAAUGUAAGACUUGAAGGACCUCUGUUUUUGUAAAUAAUAUCAAAAAAGGAAAGAAAGCUUUAUGGGUCAAAAGACAUCCCCUACAAAUUCCCAGGAUCUGAGUCUUAACCUGUGUUGAGCUUGUUUCAGAUCCCAUCGCACCAGAAGACUGACAGAUGUGCAGCAGGAGAAAGAGCGCUUGCAGUCCGCUGCAACAGAAACAGCACCAGGUGGGCACAAGGAGACCUUCCAUGCAGGCAAUCAUUGCAGCCACACAGCUUAACUCAGGGGGUUAUAACGGAUUUCUUCAAUUAACCACACCAGUUGCAAUGCUUAAGACAGCUUUACUAGAUCACAACAACAGCAGCCACCGGGAACCUGCAAAAGCAGAGUUCACAGGCCUAUAAAUUACCCAGGCUUAUAUAGAAGCAUUCCCUUGCCUUAGCCUUACUCACACACUUUGAAAUCAAGAUGCGUUCUCUGAGGAAAAGUGUGCUUGAUUCAGCAAGAAGAAUUCACUGUCUGCUUUCUGUCAAACUGGUCCAAGGCUGAAUUUUUCCAGCACAAACAUUCUCCACCCCGCAAAAAACAAACAAACAAACCAUUCUCAACAUAUUCUUAAUACAGUACAGUCUGCAGAAGCAGAUUCUCCUAACUAUAUUAUUUCGCACACUGUUUUUACAUACCUUCACAUGUAGACUACCUAUCAAUCAGUAUGGCUUUCCACCACAGGGUUGCCAAAACUUUUUGGGCCCGCUGGUCACAAUUGGAGUUCUGACAGAGCACUGUGGCUACUGGUCACAAAUGCACCAUGCAGAUGCUCAAGGGAGAGGUGGAGUCUGUGCAAAUGGGAAUUGAGUAGGAAGAGCAAGCAAUCACUCUCACACUUUGGUGAUUUGGGGAUGGAUAUUUGCUGAGACCUUUUUCAGGCACCAGAAGAGGUCCUUGGGCAGAGUGCAUGGUGUUGGCGAUGCUUGCAUUGGCUAGCAUUGGGUUUGGCAUUGGGUUUGGCAUCAGCUGCUGGAGACUUUGCCCCAUUUCACACAUAACCACCUCAGAAAUAGUGCUCCAAGGCAACAGGACUGUAAACACAAUAUAUUAAUAAUGAAGUUUACAAUAAUGUAGACAAAAUAUCAAACAAAGUAUUCAUUUCUACCUGCCUAUCAUUCUAGACCAUUGCAGUGGUUUUCCCCCUUUUAGAAUUGAGUAACUUUUCUGAAGUCCUCCCAGUUGUGAAAACUGCAAUCAGAGCCUUGAAACAGAGGAAGAUCUUUGAAACAGGACCGUAUCCAGAAAUCUGUCUUUUUGUCAGCUGCUUAGAGCAUUCUUCAGUAUAACAAUAAUUACUUUUGGGGUACACGGUUCUUUGAAAAGCCUCACUGAUAUGUGCACUUUGCAAUUGUAAUAGUAUUUUGCCUCCUUUGUGUAAGCUUCAUUAUUAAUUUAUUGUCCCAGGUUCAGUCCCCAAUGGCAUCUCCAGGUAGGGCUGGGAAAGAUACCCUAUCUGAAACUCUAGAGAGCUGCUGGCAGUCAGUGCAGAGAGUACUGAGCUAGAUGGACCAAGUUUCUGGACGUAUAAAGCAGCUUCCCAUGCUGCCUUGCUCGCUUUCAAGCCUUUCUCUGCAACCAUGAGGUCUAGAAACAAACUUAGGUUCACAAAAACAAAUUAUAAGCAUUCUGACAAUCUCAAGGUUCUGCCAACAUGGCUUGUAACACUCUGUAGCCCAAGCACAACAAGGAAGAGAUGCGGCUCAGUGGUAGAGCAUCUGCUUUGCAUGCAGAAGCUUCCAUGUUCAAUCCCCAGCACCUCCAGGUUGGGCUGGGAAUGUCCCCUGCCUGAAAAUCUUGAGAGCUUCUGCCAGUGUAGACAGUACUGAGCUAGAUAGUCCAGGGGUCUGACUCAGUAGAAGGCAGCUUCUCUCCAAGAGAAGAGAGUGCAUUUUAGGGGCUGUAUUCAAUGCUGUUCCUACUCAGAGUAAGCCCAUUGAAAUGAACAUGAACUUGGUUUCUUGAUUUCAAUAGGUCUGCUCUGACUAAAGCUUAGUUGGAGACAACCAUAGGAGGUGUGAUCCCAACAAAUGGGGCUGGCUUGAGGAUUUGGUGAGGAUCUUGGCUAAGACAAAGUCUGCUGACCCACCCCGCUGCUCUCGUUCAAUUCAGAAGUGAUGUUGCAUGGAAACAUUGCCUCUAAAUUAUCUGUGCAAAGUGAGAGUAGUGGGCCUGAUAUGAAAGGUGGAGCUCUCUCUUUCCUGAUGUUUGGGGCCCCAGGAAGCACUGGAAGCCAUUGACAUUCUGAGCUGUCCCCACCUGCCACUUAAUGCCCUCUUCCAUCUUUUCUUAGAGCUUAUGCCAAAACCAUUUUCUCCGGCAUUCUCGGGUGGAGCCUCCCAUCGCGAAAGCACCCAGCUUGCUCAAACCAACAUAUCUCUCACGUCUGCACGGAAAUCUAGUUCCAUUGGCAAGCGGAUGUCAGGAAGGUGAGGAAAACAAGGAAAUUGCCCCCUCCUUCUGUUUCAGUGGCUUCUCCCCCUCCCCUUCCAACCGUACCCCAUCCCCACUGACACACACUUGGAAAGGACAUUUUUCAAGAAUAACUCACAGACACUUCAAUGUUGUUUUUUAACACACCCAAAUAAAUCAGCCUCAAAUAGGAUUAUUCACUGACAAUUUAGUGGUAAUGACACCUGACCUGUUGAAAAUGGGAGCAGCAGUACAUGGGAGCGCUUCACAACUUGGCAACACAGUCAGGUUAAAAUUUCAAAAUCUGAAGCUUUAUGCUUCAAUGUACCACCCAACAUCCAAAAAGCUUUCACAGAACUCACAGGCAUUAGACUCUGUCACACAAAGCUUAGCUAUUUAGGAAUAAUUAUAACAAGUAACCUUAACAGACUGUAUUGACAAAAUAUCCUCUUGUAUGGCAGACAGUUCUUCAGAAUUUUGCAAAAAAGAGAGCAAAACCCAUUUUACUCUCCUGGACAAAUUAGCGAUGGUAAAAAUGAUGAUUCUACCAAAAUUGUUGUUUCUAUUCCAAUCACUAACCCACUUCGAUCCCACUUAACCAGAUACCAAAGUGGCAAAAGUUCUGCGAAAGACCCAAAUUAAAUUAUUAUAUUUAUUUUGAACCCAUCUCCCAUGUUCAUCAAUAGACCAGCACUUUAUAUUGCUUCAUUGGUAACAUAAGAGGAAAAAUGACUAUUACUCAGACUUAAUCUAAGCACAACCAUGAGAGCUCCUGGCUAUACAAUGUUGAAUGUUAUUUGUUAACUCUGUUCUGUCCUGUUACUCCUUUGUUUUUGUUUAAACCAAUUCACAAACCAAGAACUUAUACAUUAACUACUAAUGGUGAAUUAUAUGUUGUAGAUAUUGCUGCAAAUUUAUUAUGCUAUUUUUGUGAUAUGCAAAUGACAUGAGAAGGUGAGGGAGCUGGGGGCAGGGAAGGUAAACAGUUUUAUGCAACUAAGUCUUAGAAUAGACCCACUGAAAUUAAUGAACCUAAGUUAGAUUUGAAUGGAUCUACUCCAUGGCAUGAAAAAAGUGAAUAGAGAAAAAAAUAUUGUCUCUUUUUCAUAACACCAGAACUCAUGGACAUCCAACAAAGCUGAGUGCCAGCAGAUUCAGGACAUAGCAGGGCAUAGUUAUAACUAUGGAACUCACUCCCAGUAGUGGCGGUGGUGGCCACCACCUUAAAUGGCUUCAGAAAAAGGAUUAAAUAGAUUCAUAGAGGAUAAGACUAUCAAUGGCUAUUGGCCACGAUGGCUAUGCCCCGCCUUCAUGGUUAGAGGCAACAGUGAUUCUGAAUACCAGUUUCCCACAGGCAUCUAGUUGGCCACUGUGAGAACAGGAUGCUGGGUUAGAUGGGCCUGAUACAACAGGGCUAGCACUGGAUACCACCUCAAGUUUUUACCUGUGGCUGAAAAGAGUUGUCAGCCAAGGCUGCAACUGAAAUGACUAGAGUGGAUUGGGAGCUGAAUUCCAAAGCAUAUGGAGCGCACCAGCUUAGGAAAGGCUAGCCCAGAUGGACUUGUGUCUCAUCCAGUAAGAGCUCUGUUUGUGUUCACAUGGCUCCAGCUAGGACUUCAUGGUGGCUUGCCAAUACUUAUUUAUUUAUAUUUAUUUAUAAUCAGUGAUUAUAUCUCUGUGAUAUUGGGGUGGGGUGACUAACCAACUUCUGGAAGAAACAGAGAAGCAACCACCACCACCCUGCUGUAAAUCUUUUCUUUUCGAGAACAGUGUCAGCUCCAUACAGAGAUAUACAAAAACCACUCGGAUUGAGAGGAAGAUACAGAUCUUUGGAGACAAGCCGAAAGACAAUGAGUAAGCCCCAUGGUUAAGAUUUAUGCUUUGAUAAGCUUUGUUAGUCUGUUCUUCAGCUGAAGAGGCUCCUUCAGGUGACUUACAGUGGUACCUCGGGUUAAGAACUUAAUUCGUUCUUAACCUGAAACUGUUCUUAACCUGAGGUACCACUUUAGCUAAUGGGGCCUCCCACUGCCACUGCGCUGCCGCCGCACAAUUUCUGUUCUCAUCCUGAAGCAAAGUUCUUAACCUGAGGUACUAUUUCUGGGUUAGCGGAGUCUGCAACCUGAAGCGUCUGUAACCCGAGGUACCACUGUACAAGGUCACUAAAGCAAAGCAGUCCCUGCCUCCAUAUUUAAACAUUAAAAGAAAUCACAUUAAAGGAAAAGGGCAAAAGGAGGGAAAAAGGAAAGCAAAGGAACUCAGACACCGGUUAGUAAAGUUACAGCAGUUAUAAUGGCCAGAUGGGAUGGUAACAGAUUCAGGUUGCCUGGUGGGUAAGUUGAGGAAGAGCCAGAGGGUUAUGGGUCUCUUAGGAUGGCCAAUGGAAUAGCACGGCUUCCCUUUUUCUCCUCCUUCUCUGAGUUGGCAAAGGAGAGUGUCCUGACCUCAGGGGAAUACUUCCCUUCUUCAAGGAACGAAGCAAUAGAUUCAGACUAGGAGGCUGAAUUGCACUCAGUGCCAGCCCAAGAGGUAUAUACUGAACCAAAGCACUGACUCAAGAGCAGCCCAUUUUGCGGGUAUCUCUCUGCAUUGCCCUCCUCUGAAUCCAUCUCAGAAGCCCUAGUGAAACCACAGUCUCCCCUGCUUUGUCAAAGCGGAUGUCUGCUAAAGCUGGCUGGGCCCCUUUAAAUGAAGAGGCUCCUCCCACCAAAGCCAGAGCUAUUAGCUAUGACAGCUCCAGCUCCUAUUUAAGGCUCAGUCUGAGGAAGAUGGGCGCUGAAACAACAUCUGAGCUCUUCUUUUAUGGAGUUACCAGCCUGAGCCCUGCAUGGAGAUGUCCAGGGUGCAGAUGAGGCCUUGCCUUACUAAGGCCACAUCUCAGAGCAGAACACUGGAGAUGAUUCUGUCCAAAUGGAAUUGACUGAGCCACAUGCAAUGUACUGAUAAUGGUAGUACUGUAAAUAUUAUUAAAUCUACUCCUAGGCACCUCCUUUAAACCCUUUUCCCCCCCUUUAGUUCUGAACAUUUGAAAGGAAUUAUCUUCAGCAUCCUGUGGGACAACUUUGAUAUUAUUAUGAAUUCUGCAGAGGUAAGGAUACUUCUGCUAUGGCUAGUUCUGGAUUUAUUUCCUUUUUUCCUUUUUAAUGAUCCUGGUAAUGCAGCUUCAGAGCAGAACCAGCUGUUAGGAGAAUCCUCCCCCUUUCUAGAAAUAAUAUAUAGCAACACUUCUUUUGCAUCCUGGUGCCAUCAUGUUCUGCCUCCACCAUUGUUGACAAAUGAUGCGGAGUUGUGAGCAGGGCCAAGAGGCAAAUCUUUCUGGGCUAGUAGGGCAAGGGAAUCAAUAUUGCAGGUAACUCACAACUUACAUAUAUUUAACUUGUGCACAUUCAGUUUUACGUGCUUGACCUUUUAUUUUUUUACUUUUUAAAUUGAAAGUAGGCAGGCAUCCAGGAAACAAAGAGUUUGGCGAUCCCACCUGCCAUUGAACCCAAUGUGUUUUGACUAUAUGUGAUUUUGACAUUAUGUGCUGUCCCCAGAAUGUAACCCCAGCGUAAGCUGAGUCAGCUGUACUUAUUUAAAACAUAUUCACCCGGCUCUUCUGCUGAAAAAAAAAAGACCCCAGGCCAGCUUACAAUGACCAGUAAUACAAUAGUACAGCAAUAAAAAGGGGGGGGGGGGGAGGAUUGGGAGGGAGGAGGAGCAAAGCAAACUCAGGCACUAUGUCAUAGUUCCAGAAUCCAGCAGGUAGUAAUUCAACAACUAUUGGGCCUGAAUCUAAACACAAACAAAAGGACUGCUACUUCCUUUCCUUCUGGUGUCCCCAGUGCCUGCAGUUGUUAGCUGGGGGGGGGGGUCUCUCAAGCACAACAGAGGGUCCCUGGCUCCUAUUUCCUUUCCAUCUGAUGGCUUCCUCAAUGUUUGAGAGUGCAUAGAGGCUGGGUUUGUCAGGAAGGAGGUUCCCAACCUAAGCCUUUGCAGGGUUUGAACUGUGUUGAAAUAGACCUUAAAAAGAAAAUGCAGGAAAAAUCAGGUUUGUCAGCCAGGGCCCUUUCUAGGGUCGAAGGGACCUUUUGCAAAGUCCCCAAACCCUGCUCCCCAGUCCCACAAAUAUGUCUAUGGGUCCCUUGUGGCUCCUAAGAGGCUUCCUUGGGCAGUAAGCGGUUUAUUGCUGCCAGUUUUUUCUCAAGAAAUGCCCUGGAUGUUGAGUCAUUCCAGGACACAGACAUGGAUGAUUGUGGUGAGAGAAGUGGCCAUAGACCCCACCACAAGCACCUGGUAGCCCCCAAGGCAAUCCCCAUGUUCUUGUGGCAAAAGCCACUUUCCCUUUUCACAGUGCAUCAUAAUGACUCGACAUCCACUGUCAGCAGCAAAGACAGUGGUUGUGAGCUGCCUUCCACUGCUAAGGGUGUGACCUCGGAUGCUGGUCGAGAUCAGGGCCGCCAAACUUCUUAGUUCACCAACCCCUAAAGCUUUAUGAGCUUUAUGUGCUCAUAAAGGUGUUAUCAGCCUCAACCCAAAUUCUUAUUUAACUAAGAGGCAUGAAAUAACAGCAUAUCAAAAUUUACUCAUCAUCAGUCACCAUUACUAGGAAUCGUAAAACAUAAAAAAAUGAAUUAAAUGCUGAGGUUCCUCAUUGGCAAGGGGUUGCAUUCUGUACAUGCCCAUGCCAUUUAUAUAUCAUACCCUUAGCUCCUGAUUAAAUUUUUCACCCUGUAUCGCCAAAGCUUCUCUGCCACAGCCAGACCCUUUUAAAUCCCUAGUUUCAUGCCAGCACAGUCCCAUCAGCCUGUGGUUGGACAGGAUGGGCGGACAAUAUCAACCCCCUUGCCUGGCCAAUAUAGACCCAACAAGGCUGUCCUUGCAUCUCUGUUGCCCUCUUCUGUUGCCCCAGGGCUCAGAAUCUUCAUCCAGCUCUUUUUUCUAUCCUGUUCCAUGUUCCAAAGGAAUUCUACAAAAAGGAAAAGCAUCAGAUCACUCGGCCAGAAUAUUUGCAAGAAACCUAUGAUUUGUGUGUUGACGUGUUGGGGCAAAAGCUACUGAUGUAUUUACUGCAGGUAGACGAGUAUCGUGUAGCCUGCAUUUCUGGUAAGUUUGGGCUGCAAUGUUUUACCCAUUUCUCCAGUGGGGAAGUCCUAUAGAAUUCUAGAGUUGAAAGGAACGUGCGCACCCCCACAAGGGUCACCUCAUCCAACCACCUGCAAUGAAGGAAUCACAGCUAAAGAAUUCCUGGCAGGUGGCCAUCCAACCUCUGUUUAAUAACCUCCAACAAAGGAGAGUCCACUGCCUUAUGAGAGAGUUAAUUCCUUAGCUUGCCGGGAAAUAGCGCUGUUUCUUUUCCCUUUCCCCCAAACCUUACAGAGUUCCGGGAUCAGCUGAAGAGCUUUGAGGAACAGCUCCCUCACAUUGUUCAGAUGGUUAUUGGCAAACUCCACCAAGAUCAUGAGCAGCUCUUCAUGGAUUCCAUGGAGCAGAUCCGGCACAACCUACAGGAACAGAUGCAGAAAUGGGACAUUGCAAAAGUAGGUUGUGUGAGCAUCCUGGAAGGCACCACCCUAUUCCUUCCUCCUCCUGGCCCCUCAGUCUUAAGGCAGGAAAACACCUUCAGCAGCCCUUGCACCUCACAUCAUAGGAGAAUUCCAACAAAAAUGGGAACAGAAACUAGCACCACUGGUUUCUCUGGCCCACAUCCUUGCAAGCUGCUGCAGGAGAGGAACUGUGAGCAACAUCAUGGGAGAGGUUAUACUGGGACCAAGGUGAAACUGUCACGCUCCCUUUUGCCUUUGCCAAGACGUGUAACAUUUUUAGUUCAGUUCUAUUAUAUUUAUGUUAGUCGUUCCCAAAGUGGGCAGUACUGCUGCCCCCUUGCUUCUUAGUGUCCCUCCUAGGUAAUCCCACCCCCUUGGGGGGAGGCGGUACCACUUUGGGAACCACUGCUGUAACGUGAGAACAGCACCCAGACGGAAUAGGCUUUAAUUGUGAAAAGAUUUCCUUUCACAUUUUUGCAGCCAACAAGAGAAAUCUAGGCACAGUCUCUGUUCAUAAUUUGUUCAGAUCGGUCAAAAGGUAGGCCACACAGUAUCCAGAAAUUUUGAGAGAACAAAAGUCACAAAUCUGAUUUGAAGGUUGUUAUAGGAAUGAUAGGAAAUAAGCACAUGAGCCAAAUACUCAAUAAACCCUGCCCCUUCAGUAGCCAGAGACAGGAGUAAGUGAGCAAUAAAAAAACACCCAGGUGUCAAUGUAUUUAACUCUUUAUUCAAAGAAACCGAAGCAGCACAGGCCUAGUGAUCAAAGCAACUCUUCCCAGUAGGUCUUGCCCCAGUGAGGCAGAUGUGAGGACUGAAGGUGCUUGCUACCACUCUCUAAGGCUCUUCCACUGGUUCCUUCCCCAGCAGCCUAGGGCUCCUUUGUCUUGUCUCUUUGCUCCACUCCACCAUCUUCAUUUCUCUGUGUGUUCUGGGAGACCAGUGGGGAGGGGAGCUGGUCACAGCAGGAGACAGCUUCCCUGGCAUCUUCAGCAGUCUGCCUCCACUCUGCCUCUUGACACCUCCCCCUCUGCUGCUGCCUCUGAGCCUGGACUGCUCUCUACCACAGACUGUUCCUGCUCACUAAACCCUGUUACCUCUUCUGCUUCCAACAUGUCCUUCUACCAAUCUGCUUCCUCUUCUCCCUCUGACCACUCAUCAUCAUCCCACCAUCAAUCCCCUGUCUCUGAGCCUUCUUCCCCUGGGGGUUCCCUUGGGGGUUCCCUAGCUGGUGCCUCCCACCGUGCCUCUGCAUCCAGCCAGUCCAUUAAUAUUCAAAGGGACAGAAAUGUUCACUGCAAGGAGUGCCCUUAAAUCUGUAUCUUUUACACUGGCCUAUUGUGUCGCCAUUUUAUUGUGUUAAUUAUGAAAUUCAUUUUUGCACCGUUUGAAUUUGAAAUAUCUUCCUGUUGUACGAUGGUUUGAGCAUCUUUUUUUUUUUAAGUGGAAAUACAAAUGAAAUUAUAAAUGAAUAUGAUUAGUAUUUGCUGCUGUUACUUUCAUCCCACAAACAAUGUGUCACUGAUUUUGCUCUUCCCCCACCCCCAAUCUGCAUUUGUGUUACAUUUCAUAGAAUCAUAGAAUUGUAGAGUUUCAUCUAGUCCAACCCCCUGAAAUGCAGGAAUCUCAGCUAAAGGAUCCAAGACAGGUGGCCAUCCAGCCUCUGCUUAGAAACCUCCAAGGAGAGUCCACCACAUUCCAAAGGCUUCUGUUGCACCGUCAAACAGCUCUCACCAUAAAAAAGUUAUUCCUACAGUUUAGUCAUAAUCUUUUGAAUCCAUUGGUUCAGAAUACCAAUGUCCUUUCCGUUGACAUAAACAGGGCAGAAUAGCAUAAUCACAAUGUAAUUUGCAUGCACGUAGCUCAGUUCGCACUGCUGUUCUAAUGAAAACUGAGCGCAUGUCGCCCUUUGACUGUUCAAUUAAAGGAGAAGAACAAGCACAAGCUGCGACCGAGUCUGGGCCACCCUGACAAUCUGCCCCAGCUGGAGGCUCUGUGCCAAGAGGAGGAGGAAAGGCAGAAGGAGCAGGCCAAAGGGAUCCGUCUAUCCACCAAGCAGCAAGAGGUACCUUUUUCUUUCAGAUUUGCCACCUCUUUAGAGUUCAGUGCAGAGAUGAAAUCAUUUAAGGUAUGGAGUGAUGGAGCUUCACUUAUCCAGACAUUUUCACUUGUGGGUCCGGUACUCUUGUCAUCAACUACUGGGACCAGAACAGUCUGCAGUUCAAGGGACGGGCUGCUUCCUUGGGUUGGCCUCUUUUUAUCUUUUAUCCACCAGACUUUAAAGAACAUAAGAAGCUGCCGUAUGUUGUGUAAGACCAUUGGUCCAUGUAGCCGAGUACUGCCUACAAUGCUUGGCAGUGGCUCGCAAUCCUCUGGUUCACAGGGUAAAAAAGGCAUGGCAUGCAUGAGAAAAGGAAGAGGAGGGAGGAGGGGAAAACAAGCUCAAGCUCCAGUUCUUAAAGUCACAACUGAUGACAAACUGAAGUCUUGCCCUUGAUAAAGGGUAGUCCCCUGAAACACUUUCCUCCUGUCCCAUCCGUACCCCCAGAUCAGACUGAGAAGCUGACCUGGUGACAGCAUCCAGGCCAGGAAGCCAGACCCAGUCUGAGUCUAGAAGGCAGUCAGAACCCCAAUUGAAAGAGAAGCCCUUGUAGAUUUUUACCUCCACACAACAUACACUGUGCCACUUGUUGUUCCCCAACAGGACUGUGUCAUCAACUGCGCCCAGAAAUUUGUCUCCAGCCUGGCCGCCACCACGGAAAAGAUGCUUGUGGAGAUGGAUGCCAGCCUCACCGUUGACGAUGUGCAGCAGGGAAGUACGUCCAGGGGAAUGUGAAUUCUGCCAUGGUUUCCUGACAGAAGGAGAGCUUACUUGUGCAGCAGAGGAAGGUGGCAAAGUGGACUGUAACACUGCAUACAGAUGGUGGGGAUAUCACAUUUGAAUGCUCUCUCAUAUAUGUACAUGAACAUAACAAAAAUUCACCGCAAGCACAAUUCUAGCAUGUUGGGAGAGAGGUUGUAAGUUAGCCCUCUGACUGCCAUCCUCAUUUUCUUUAUGCAGUAACCUUUAACUUUAGCAUUUUACACUGUUAGCUGUUCUGAACAGCCUUGGGAGGAGGGCAUUGUAUCAAUACAGUAGGCAAAUAAGUAAGCGCAGCCAGCGUGUUUUGCAUGUUCUUCUCAAGGGCACAGAGUAGGAAACUUGUGAGGAAGCAAAACACAGGAAGUGGACUUGCUGUGAGAGAAUGAAACCCUAAAGUGACAACUCGUGUCAAUUUCACUUUCAAUUUCUCUCUCCCCCAGUCUUAAGCUCAGUUUACCACCCAUCAUAACUUUGCAGUUAAUCUUAAAAAAAACAAAGUAGUUGUGGAAAUUCAUCUGUCUUUUAGUACAUUUUUUUUCCUAUUAAGUCACAUUUUUACAAGCAGUUUUUCCCUUAUGGAAAUUCACUUAUGCGUGAUGUCUUCAUACAUACAGGUAUUUUUAGACACAUCCUUUCCCCAAAUUUAAACUCAUUUUCCUACACAUUUUGUGGAGGGAGUGGAGAAUUGCAUUGGAAAAUUUAGCAAAAGAGAGUGUGAAUUUGGAAAGAUUGCUGUUUCAGUUUGCAUAUUGUUUGGGAGGUGCAGAUCAGACAGAGUUUGCAUUAAAAUGCAGACUGCGCUGAGUUUUAUCCCCCAUUCUUACAUUAGAAGCAGACUCCUAUCUUGCUGGUGUUAAUUUUGUUUUUUGUUUUUUGUAAAAGCUUUUUAUUUCAUUUUAUAAUGUAUAUUAAACAGUUAUAACAACAGAUGAGAAACAAAACUAUUAAAAUAGGCCCAUUGAAUGAGUACAGUUUUACAUGGAUUAAAAUAACAAAAGUCCAAGUAAAGAAUAUUAGUGUUACUAGAUUAUCAAGUAUUGUUCCAUAUCUGUCAGGCUUGUGACAAGGGUUAUCUUGACAGUGAUAGUUCUGCUAUACAGUGGUACCUCGGGUUACAUACGCUUCAGGUUACAGACUCCACUAACCCCGAAAUAGUGCUUCAGGUUAAGAACUUUGCUUCAGGAUGAGAACAGAAAUCGUGCUCCGGCGGCACAGCAGCAGCAGGAGGCCCCAUUAGCUAAAGUGGUGCUUCAGGUUAAGAACAGUUUCAGGUUAAGAACAGACCUCCGGAACGAAUUAAGUACUUAACCUGAGGUACCACUGUAUAUGUAAUGAAAGAAUGCCAGUACAUAUAAUUAAAAAUGUCUGCAGGCUCUAGUCCUUUUUGUGUGAUUUUCUCCAUUACAGCUAUAUUCCAAAGCAAGAGGUACCAAGUUUCCAGUGUAAGAUAUUGGACUGUUUUCCAUUAAGUUGCAAUUAUUAUUCAAGAUCAUAUACAAGACCAAUUCUUUCGACAAUAUAUAUCUACCUUGGUACCAUCAGAAAUAUUCAAUAACAGUGGCCUUUCUCUUGUGCCAGAGGUGGAAGUCUCCCGGGAAAAGACCUGUACCUUGAUCCGUCGCAAGAAAGCCGGCCUUUCCUUAGAAAGAGAAGAAUACAAGCUGGUGGCUGAGCGGGGAAGCAGGUAACAUUUUGAAGCCAUCUGAUGGGGGAGUUUGCAGGCAAUCCAUCCAUGCAGUAGAAUUUAUCUUGGGUUAAUUUGCUUUGUAGUCCCGUACUGAGUCCCCAGCAUCUGCAGUUCAAGAGUGCUUACAGAAUGGCAGCUCUUAGCACAGGUGUGCAGAGCCUCUGGCACCGCAGGCUAAAUUAGGCCUGCCAGUGUUCCUGAUUUGGCCUGCUAAACCAUUCUCCUCAUGCCUGGCCAUGUCUUUGUCAUGGGUGUGGCAGGUAAGAUGUCAUAUGUGAAGCAUAGGGCAGAUAAAGCCAUAACUGCAAAGGAAUAACCAGGAGGGCACGUCCAGUUUUUUCUGCUGAAAGCAGGAGACUGGCUGUCAUUUACUGCUGCCAGGUAGAUGCGAAGAGAUUAAUUGCAACUAUACCGCAAGGCAAUGAAAAGUAACAGGUGAUGCACACCAGGUGUGUCAUAAUUCUUCAGAAAUAGAAUCACAGAACUGUGCAGUUGGAAGGAAUCACAAAAGUCAUCUAGUCCAACUCGCUGCAAUGCAGGAUUCUCAACUAAUGAAACCCUGACAGAUGGCCAUCCAACCUCCGCUGCCAUAUUUUAAAUCACCUGCUAGAACUGGCUUCACCAAUCUGGAGGAGUGGCCCCUUUUGGAUCUGGCCCACCACAAAGUGGCUGCCUGCCCCUAAUUCAGCUGUAAGUUAAAUGCAGACAUGCAACUAACUUUCCACACUAUGUGGGGGUACAGUCUAGGGAUUGGCCAGGUUGGCCCACACCAAGGGCGCAGGACCAGGGGGGCACAAAAUUGUACCUCUCCAGUCUGCCUAGGAGUAGCUAGGAGCCUGCCCACUCUUCUGCAAGCUCCACUGCCCUGCAAGGGGUGGGGUAGGGGCACCAAUGCAUCUCUUUGUCAAGGGUGCAGGGGAUCCGAGGUACACCUCUGGGCAAACUGUUUUUGAAUCUCUACAUCCCUACCAUGUUCUUUUAAUGUUAAUGGAUAUUAACAUUAUCAGGAUUGAACUAGAUGACCCUCAGGGUGCCUUCCAACUCUACAAUUCUAUGGUUCUAUGAGACAGCUGUGAGGGUGGGAAAGAGACAGUCCCUAAACACAGUCCCUCUGAUAGUGAACUCGGGUGGUAAGUGCCCAUAGGAACGGAGCCAAAAUAGGGUCAUUGGAAAGCAACAGGGAUGCUAUCAACCUCUUUAAGAGAACCCCAGAACCGGCAGAAAAUAAAAGGGAGGGGGGAAACCAAAGCUGAGGAAUAGGAAACAUGGGAAGCUGCCUUAUAUUAAAUUAGGCCAUUGAGCCCUCUCUAGCUCAUUGUUGUCUACAUUGACUGGCAACAGCUCUCCAUGGAUUCAGGCAGGGAUUCUUUCCCAGUCCUACUGUUGGGGAUUGGAUCCAGGACCUUCUGAGUGCAAAGCAGAUUCUCUGCUGCUUAGCUGUGGCCCCUUCCCCAAAAGGACUGAGCACGCUUAGCCACAUACUAUUGAGUGUUAACUGGAAAAAAGAAAGGAAAACUGGGGGCAGGAUGGGUGAGGAAGGAAUCUUCUACUUAUAGGAACCAGGAUGGGGAUAAGGCAAACUGGCAUGAACCCUGAACAGUAGUAACGGGCAGUGAGGAUAAUGCUGCAAAAUUUUAUGGCUAGCCCUCCUUGUCCUUGUUUGUUGUUGUUGUUUAGUCGUUUAGUCGUGUCCGACUCUUUGUGACCCCAUGGACCAGAGCACGCCAGGCACUCCUGUCUUCCACUGUCUCCUGCAGUUUGGUCAAACUCAUGCUGGUAGCUUCGAGAACACUAUCCAACCAUCUCGUCCUCUGCCGUCCCCUUCUCCUUCUGCCCUCAAUCUUUCCCAGUAUCAGGGUCUUUUCCAGGGAGUCUUCUCUUCUCAUGAAGUGGCCAAAGUAUUGGAGCCUCAGCUUCAGGAUCUGUCCUUCCAGUGAGCACUCAGGGCUGAUUUCCUUAAGAAUAGAUAGGUUUGAUCUUCUUGCAGUCCAUGGGACUCUCAAGAGUCUCCUCCAGCACCAUAAUUCAAAAGCAUCAAUUCUUCGGCGAUCAGCCUUCUUUAUGGUCCAGCUUUCACUUCCAUACAUCACUACUAGGAAAACCAUAGCUUUUACUAUACAGACUUUUGUUGGCAAGGUGAUGUCUCUACUUUUUAAGAUGCUGUCUAGGUUUGUCAUUGCUUUUCUCCCAAGAAGCAGGUGUCUUUUAAUUUUGUGGCUGCUGUCACCAUCUGCAGUGAUCAUGGAGCCCAAGAAAGUAAAAUCUCUCACUGCCUCAAUUUCUUCCCCUUCUAUUUGCCGGAAGGUGAUGGGACCAGUGGCCAUGAUAUUCGUUUUUUUGAUGUUGAGCUUCAGACCAUAUUUUGCGCUCUCCUCUUUCACCCUCAAUAAAAGGUUAUUUAAUUCCUCCUCACUUUCUGCCAUCAAGGUUGUGUCAUCUGCAUAUCUGAGGUUGUUGAUAUUUCAAUUUGGGAGGGUUCUGUGUGUGUUAUUUGAUUGAUUGAUUGAUUGAUUGAUUGAUUAAAUGUUUGUUUGUUUAGGACCUGGCCUGGAAUCCCAAGAACUACCCUGGUGGGUUUUCCAAACCAGAUCAUCUGUCGAGAAACCACCUCACUGACGACAUCCAAGACCACCCUGGGUCACAUGGCAGCAGUGGAAAAAAGGGAUGCUGUUUAUGUGGUAAGGAACUGUGGGGAAAAUGCUGUGGCCUCAGCAGCUGAUAGGAAAAACAGUUGCUAAUGUGGGGUAGGAUUCCAUGCAAAAGCAUUUCAUGAAUGGUCGAAGUUGGAAUUAUUAAUUACUUUUGUUUGUUACUUACUGCAAAAAAUGUCUCAAAGUGACUUACAAGUAUAAAAGCAUGAAUACAAAAUGUAAAAGGAAUUUAAAAAUAUUCAAUGAACAUCAGUUAAGUAAAUGUGCUACCCUUCAGCCUGGUUCAGAGGCUCCAGCAAAAUGCUGCAACUAGAGACUGUUGAUUGGGACAGCCUAUAGCCAGCACAUAACUCUGGUGUUCAAAAGCUUGCACUGCCUGCCCCUUCCAAGUCUCUUUCUGGUGUAAUUAAAGAAUAACUUCACCAUUCUAUCCUUGUGUUCCAUCCAAGAACAGUUCUCCCAGUUUUGGAGACUAUCCACACAGUAUAAUAUAAUACAGUGGUACCUCGGGUUAAGUACUUAAUUCGUUCUGAAGGUCCGUUCUUAACCUGAAACUGUUCUUAACCUGAAGCACCACUUUAGCUAAUGCAGCCUCCUGCUGCCGCCGAUAAUUAUUUUUUAUUUAUACCCCGCCCAUCUGGUUGGGUUUCCUCAGCCACUGGGCGCUUCCCAACAGAAUAUUAAACAGGAUAAAACUUCAAACAUUAAAAACUUCCCUAAACAGGGCUCCCUUCAGGUGUAUGUGUGUAUACACUGCAUUAAUCCAGAAACAUAAUGCCUAGGGUUGUCUCCCACUCAGUCCUAAUCAGAAUUGAUGCACUGAAGUUAAUGAGCAUAACCAAGAUCCUUUUAUUUCAGUUAAUGGCUACACAAAAGAGUAAAGCCGCAAGAUAGCAGCUACACACCAGUAAACAGCUUCAAUUGGCUAGCUAAACUAAGUGCGAGUAGCUAAUGGAUCUCAGACCCUGAGUUAGGAGUUAGGAACUUCCCCUGCAUGUGAAGGCAGGCUGGUGGAUUGAGCGGACAAGACCAAUAAUGGGUCCAAUGGUCAAGAAGGCGGUUUCUGCAUGUACUGUAGAGAAAAGUGAGGGGCAGAUGAGGCUUGUCAACCUGGGAAGGUUGCUCAUCUUGGAGAAGGAAAAGUCUGAUCCUGAACAUCUGCUGCCUUGCGACUAUGCAGACAACAACGAAUUUAUGUGUGUCUAAUUGAUGCACGACUGCGCACUCAUAGCACAGCAACCUGGAAGUGGUCGGAAAAGGUGGAAGAAUGGGGCAGUGGCAGAAUGAGACAGAGCAGGCGGGGGUCAGGAAUGUAACCACCGCGCAAAUCGGUAGUUGCAUGUACCCAUUUGUGUAAAAGGCUUUGGGAAUAAAUCCCAAGGAAGAAUGUGAACCCAUUACCUUGUGGAACAUGUUUAGGAGAAGAAAAGGCUAAGGAGUAAACCCUACACAAAUCCAGAGUGAAGUCCCUAAGACGGUCAGAUGGCGCCUUAUACACCUCCUUCUGGAAACUCCUGCCCCCAAGCUGAUAUCAAAUAUAUUCGUCUGCUGUCCUUUGGACCACAUCAGCUAGGCCAAGAGGGGGGUCUUGUCAUCUGGGCAGCUCAGGACCUCCAUACACACUGCCUAGGCUUGUGCUCAGGAUAGGUAAUUUUGGUACUGCUAACACAGCAAAAACAAUGGAUGAGGCAGCAGUUAUGAGUUACUGGUCUCUGUGGCCACAGCAGGUGCUGUAAUUCUUCAGUGGUUUGACUUCAACCCUGGAGGUGCACUCUAUUGUCUCUUGAGACAGAUAGAUGCCAACAGCUCUUGAGUGGGCUCCAUCUCUGGAAUCUGAGUGCAUAAUCAUUAAUGGAAAUUAGGGGGAGUUUUGUGUUUUUUUAAACUCCAUCCUUCAGUCACCCUAGGUGUGAGUACAGAAAGAUAGAUUCCUUCCUUCCUUCCUUUUAUUUGCAUGUGGCAAGGACAUUUCCCAGCCAAAGGAAUGCACAUGACAAAGAGUUAAUUCUUUAUUUAUUGUCAUAGAUAACAAUAACAGUUGCUUCUAUAGCUCUGGAGACCUAUGCACACCAGUCUAGCAUCUGGGCAGCUAUUCCCAGGUUUUGUGCUCAAUGGAGCAGUUGCAGCAUCUGCAGAACACUCCCCCCCCCCCAGUUUAUGUACCUUCCCUUGAUGGGCUGUGCACAUGUAGCUGGAGACCACACCUGUGUGGAAGCUGCUUUUGCUCUUCCUGCUUCAGUUCUCUCCUGGUUCUGGGAAGCAGUGGUGCAGGGGAGGGAGGGGAAGCACCCAACCUUUCACUUUCCUGGGCUGCCUCUUCCUCCAGCUCUAAAGCUUCCCCUGCCUCUAAUUCUUGCAUCCUGGCUAGUACUGGUCACCACAGACUACUGCCCCCUUCUCCCGAGUCAGACUCCAGCCCUGCUUCCCCCAGGGCAUACUCACCAGUGUCUUGCCUUACUGACCUUGACAUCAUGCCACUCUUCAAGCGUGCUUAAAGCAGCUUACAGAAUAGCAUAACAAGACACCACAACAGCAAACAUGACAACAUACCAAAAACACAUUUCAGUACUAUACAUAUAACAAGACUGCAUAAACAACACCCAGCAUCCAAUAGUAAAAAUGCCAAGGGAACCUGACUGUUUCACCUUUGUCCCAGAAACACCCCUCCCAUGCAGUUUCCCCCCACUCCCUCUCCAGUGGCGACUUUCAAGGCUUCCAAAGGCAAAUAUGGAUUUCUCUGGUCCUUAUUUUGCAUUUUCUGGGGUUGUGUUGCUCACACAGGGAUUCAAGGAACUGUUGGAGGUGGAAUUUGCCAGGAUUAAAAAGGAGAAGACAGCCCUUCUAAUGAAGGCCCAGCACUGGACAGACUGGUGGAAGAAGUCAGUGCAGAAGAUCAAGCAGCUCUACGCAUGA